AUGCACCUCAUCUGGACUUUUGCAUGGACGCUGUUAAUCUGUAAGUUCCUUCUAUGUACUUAUGAUUUCGAGAAAAAAAUGUUUUUAGGAGUAAAAGGAGUAUAGGAUAAAUGUGUCGCACCGCUUUAAACUUUGUUGCCUCUUUCUCUGGAUCUGUUUGAUUCAUGUAGCAAACUACAGUGACAUAAUUUCCCUCUUUUUUUGGUUGUUCCGAGCUUUAGUGCUUUCCACUUUUCAUCGCUGUGUUUGUCAUUCUUCACUAAAAGUUAUUCGGUUGUAGUGAGUGAGCGGGUUCUCAAAAAGCAAACAGGAGCACUGUGGAGGUCUGAGGUAACCGGAGGUAAUCUCUGGUAACCAGAAAAGCGCGUGUGGUUUUUGGUCGCCUCCAAGACAAGUGUAGCGACUCCAAAGACCAACCUUAUCGCUUUAGAAGGAAGUUGUGGGUACAAUAGAGGAGACAGGGGUAAGUUGAGCCACCCCCUGAUGCUUGGAAAUGGUAAAAGAAAUUGAUCAUGUGACCAAUAUUAAGGAGAUGGACAUUAAUUCAUGGAGUCUGUGAAGGUUAGAAGCACAUAGGUGAAGAAGUUAGACAUUUAUUAUAUAAAAAAAACGUUUUUCACUCUUGAAAGUGAAUUUAGUUUGUCAUAAGUUUGAUAAGAAUUGUGUUCAGAUCUAAAAAGAUGAUUUAAAAUGAUUUUGUACAUCAAUUGUUGUAUCUAUGAGCUACAACAUGAGGUCAAAAACCUCACAUAAAAGUCCACCAUUUUAGUUUAGAGGACUAAUAAAGUCAUCAUAGUAGUUCUGGGGUAACUGAGAAAGUAAAGGAGUCUGAUGAGAGGAUCAGAGUUUCAGUUCAGAUUGUUGAAAUGUUUUUACUUUUUCUUUUCAAAAAUACAGCUGUGAAUGUUCUGAAUUACUUUAAGACAUUCUCAUGUUAAAAUGUCUUUUUACAAAACAAUUUUUCAGCAGUUAUUUGCAACAAUAAUAAUAAUAAAUGAUUGUACCUGUUGAAUAGCAUAUAAUAGAUAAAAAUACACAUGAAUGUGAAGAAGUGACUGUUAUUUGGGGAGAGAGAAGGUGAGGGAGGGCUGGGGUGGAGAGUGGGGGGUAGUAGGGAUACGGCUCAACUUACCCCAUACAAGGGGUAAGUUGACCAUAGGAGACCACUUUUUUUUUUGCAUGCUAUAUCAUCAAGACAGUUCUGUUUGCACUCAUUCUGUUGGUUUGCAGGGGUGAACAACAUCCUGAAAUAUAUGCAGAUACACGAGUUAGAGAGAAAACUAGGAUUGACUUGAUGAAGUGAUCUGAAAUAUGAAAAAUGGCUCAUCUUACCCCACUCUCCCCUAUCCCUCAAAAGUUUCAAGGACAGACUUGUCACUCUGAAUGUUUCCUACAUGGAUUCAGUCAGCAAUUCACUCGGUUAUAAGUACUGCAUUCACACACACACACACACACACACACACACACACACAUCCUUAAGGCUGAUAUUGAUACUGAUGCUACCAACCCAUCAAUUAACAUGCACUGAACUCUGCACACUUGGGCUUUGCACACGCUGCGCACACACACACAAACACAUUUCACACACAUUAGUUAGAGUAAUCAUGGACUUGAAAUCAGAAGAUUUCUCUUAGACCUUAGUGGACUCAGCUUCUCUUUUUUUACCAUCCUGGUGCCCAAGAGUUGUUGUCUUGUUUUAAUGCAGGAUCUUAAGAACAGUACUGGAUCAGAUGUGUCUACAGGGGGUCCAUGUAGGUCCACAGAGAGAAGAGAAGGCAGGCUCUAGUCCUGAAACCUGUUGCUGAGCUGAGCUGUCCUGAGUCUUUAGGUCUUUUUUUUUCCCGUAGGCUCUAUAUAUCAGGACCUGAAACUUCACAGUCCAGUCUUCUGUGAGGUCUAUACUGGUCCUGGUCCCAGAGACUAGCAAACUUUUGUUUCAAUGAUGUCUGAUAGGGGAACUUUGUUUCAAUACUUGUGUACAAUGGAUGUUACUAAAAACCUGUUGAUGAAGAACAGGGGUUUCCUGCUAAAAAAAAAACAAAAAAAAAACAGGCAGUCUGGAGGUCGUCAUCAUCCUGCCUGAAAGCAGAUCUGAGGUCACUCCAGGUCAUGCAUGCCUCGACAUGAGUCUGAUCCCUGUGGUUUCAGGACGUCCUGCAUGUAAUUUUUUUUUCUUUCUGUGAAUGGCGCUGUAAGCCUGCGGCAGGUUCAAAGCUUAGUUUUUUAGGUGAGCACAGGAGGAUUUAAAUGUCCUUUUCUAUCAUUAUCAAAGAAAUUCCUGUUUUAGGCCUACUUGCCAGUGAGAAACAGCAUUUAUUUGUGUUGUAUCGGUGCCAGUCUCCUUCAAAAUAAAACUCUGAAAGUAAAAUCCAUCAGCAAAAGGUGAAGGUUCAAAAGAUAAGAUUUAUUGUUUGUGAUUAUCAGAGAAGUUUACUUGUUUUACAAGCUGAUUAAAAGGAAAAAAAUAAUCAGAGUAUUUCAGUGUUAAAACUAAAGGAUUACUUCUAGCAAAAUGACAAAGAAGUGACUGUAUUGAUGAACAACAUACUGCUGUAAUAAAAACUUUACAGACUAUUUCUGUGGUUAGAAAACUGCACUACAAAAACAUGAAGUUUAUAUUGAAUAAAAUGUCUUUUUGAAAUCUCUUCAAUUUUGUUUAUAUCAUGACUUACUCAUCCUCAGUUCUUCCUCUUUGUUUUUCUCUUGCAGUGGCUGUCUUGACCUCAGUCGGGGUCUCUUCACCUUUUGGAAGGGAAGAAAUCAAGAACCAAACAGCCGUUGCUGGAAAAGAUCUCACUCUGCCGGCUGGAUCCACCAAGCUACACGGUGAAUUCUCUGUGGUAUGGUCGUUCAGCAACAGCAGUGAGGAAGUGAAGCUCGUUACUUAUGACAGUGGAGAGACCCCAAAGUACUCCCACAAAAAUCUCCACCUGAAUGCGACAACUGGCGCUUUGACCAUCAAGUCAGUCGGGAUUGAAGAUCAGGGAGUUUAUAAUGCAGAAAUCACCAAUGGAGACAACAAAGUGCGCAGAUACACGUAUGAAGUCACUGUCACUGGUGAGUGUUCAAAUCUGCCAAAAUGAGGUGAUGUUGACCUACAGUGCUGAAGACAAGUUGUGUCUGUGAUGCAGAAUAAGUACUGACUUAAAUCUUGUUUUGAACACAGAUCCAUAAAUGUAAAGUGUUUUUGUUCCCUUUAUGAUGAUGAGAGCUGACUUUCUGUUGGUGAAGUAGGGAUAAACAAGAAUACGAUGUUUGUACAAGAUGUUAUUAUUAAUUUUAGAUUUUUUUUUUUUUUUUUUUACUUAUUAAGGAAGUUUAGGAAGUUUGUUUUUUUUCUAAAAAAAUAUUUCAAUGUACAAAAUCAUCUAUUUGUUCUUACAAUUAUUCUACAUCAAAAGUGUUUUUAAAUGAGGACCUAUCUGUUGAAAAACAUAUGUUUUGAUAUAUUUAUGUUGUAUUUUUAGUGGGUUAACUUAAAUGCAACUCUAAAAAGGGUAGGUACAUAGACUGUGUAUGCUAUGGACAACUUGGCUCCGCCUUCCGUCAUUAUAUGGAUUUGAAGCCGAAUUGCUCUCGGUAUUUCCGGGAUUUUCUGCACUUCCUGGAACCCCCACUUGCGCAGUAGCACUGUACGCAUUUGGCGAGAGAGUCGCUGUGAUGAUGCUCGGCUCGAACAGCAUAUCUCCCGGGUGAGCUAUGCAAUCUUUGUACGCCCAUAGGCUGUAUCAAGUGUCAAUCAUAGAAAACAUGAACCCCCUAAUAACUUUGAAAAAUGGAGCUGUACAGAAAAAAAAGGACUUGGGCAAAAACUAGACUUACAAUAACUGCAUGUCAACACUGAGCAGGGGGGAAGAAAAUUUUAUGUUCUGUGUCAUUAAUUUCUAAAGUUGCUGUUUUUGUGUUUAUUUCACAGAGCCUUCACCAGACCCCCCCCAAAUGCAGAGGUCUCACCUGGAAGUCAUCAUCCCUUGUAUCGUUAUCAGCUUCAUUGUCUUCUUACUGCUGCUCUUUUUGGCAUGUCGACAUCAGAAAUCUCAGGUUGGUAAUAAGACUUCUAGGUCAUGCUAGCUGGCCGUGUUCAGUCUACAGACUGUGCUUCAUCUUCAAGUAGGGUACACUGUUAGCCAAGUUAAAGUUGAGCUAAACUAUUUUAUUUACUUCUUAAAAGAGCAAAGGAAACCAACUUCUUUUUUCCCCACUUGUCAUAUUUUAUGAUGAGCUAUAAAUGUCAAUAUCUCAGACCAUUUAUUUACCCGUUAUUUUUUGUGUUGUUUGUUGCCAGAAAGAAAAGCGUAGUCGCCCUGAGCACCAACUGGAGGCAGAGAAUCUGCAUGACAGCGAGGAAGGGGGGGGUCAUGCUGGGUCCCGAGGGUCAAUCAGCACAGGUGUCACCAUCCCAUCAACAGCAGGCUGAUCAUCCUGGGGGGGUUCCUUUUUUUAAGCAGAAAAAGCUGAUAAAUCGAUUCCUGAAACCCUUUUUAAAAUUUUUGUAUUCCAAAUAAUUUAAGGAAGGAAUUUGGGGUCUGGGUGUUUGAUACUAAAUCCUUUCCCCACCAGUGGCCUGCCACCGCCAGUCUUUUUGACCAACUUUGGUCAAAUUUGAAUGUGUAUGUUAUUAUUAAAAGGUAUCAACAAAAAAAUUCAAGUACGUUUUCAUAAGAAGAAACCCAUUUUGUUCCAACUUAUUACAUUUGUUUUUUAUACGUUUUUGAAAACGUGUUUUUUUCAAAAUCAAAAAAAUCCACAUUUCAAAGAGCUAAGAAAAAUGUAUUUUUGUCAUUUCCAAGCAGAGAAUUGAUAGGCUACUUACACUUUUGUACCUAUCUGAUAUGAUAACAUUGACUGCAAGGUCUUAAUACCUUUUUCUGUGAAUUCAUAGAGAUAUCUCGUCAAUGUCGGGAAAAGGGUUAAUAUUGGUUUUUAAAUAUUGCAUAUUUCGGUGCUUUAAAGGGAUAUUCCGGCACAAAAUUAACGUAGGGUCAACACACCAUAACACUGAGUUAGAGACCUCCCCUUGACAGAUGAAUGUUGUGGACUGCCUGCUUCUCUAGUGACACCAACUUUAGCAACAGCCGCACGAUAGCAAUAUACAGCGGUCUACGUCUCCACAUGCAAAUCUCAACCAAAACGCCACCCUAUAGCCACAAAUAAUGCUCAGAACAGCACCUAACUUCGUCAACAGGACAUAUAGGGUCCCAGCUUUAGUACUAGACACCAAACAUCUUUUUAGCUUUGCCUGAUUUCUUUAGCAAAGAGACUAAACACAACUCUCCCACUCUCCUCCAGCAGCCGCUUGUUUGUGGGGGCAGCCCUGACGAGUCGAUCACCUAGCGCAGCGGAAAAAUUUAUGAUCAUUACUUCAUGGAAAUAAAAUCAUACCGAGACGCUAAGGCAGAAGAACUACCGCGUCUGCAGUGCAAAAUGAUUAUUAUGAUGAUUAUUACUUCAUGGAAAUGAUCCGCUGCACUCAGCAACAUUCAUCUCUCGAGGGAGUGUCUAACUCAGUGUCACAGUGUGUUUGACCAUAACCUAAUGGUACCCCAGAAUAUCCCUUUAAGUAACUUGUUGAAAACAGCUUUGAAAGCACAGAUUUAAGAAAAAAAAACUUUGAGAAAAUAGUUACAUCACUGAGGAGCAGGUUCUCCUAAAUGUGUUAUAAUUAACUUUUUGAAUUGUGUAUUUAAAAAAAUAUAUAUCAUCAUAUUUCAAAGCCUGUGAAGACCUUAGUUUGUUCUGUUUUGGAAAUUUACUUAGAUCGAGACAAAUCCUGAAAUUGUACACAUCUAUCCUUAUUUUAUUAAAACCCUUCUUUGUCUAUAACACCUGGUUUAUGUUGCCUCCUUUAUGAGCUGUUGAUCGUCUUCAUGCGAGGGGAGUUCUAACUAUAUUAGUAAAGUGCGUUUAAUCUCACAUUUUUAAAGAGCACAUUUGGAUAAUCUGUAUUAUUAACUGAAACGGUUUUGAGACACACUUUUUUACAGUUCAGUGUUGAAUCAGCCCUCGCCUUCGUCAUCAUCACCUGGUUUGGUAGCCUUUCAUUGACAGACAAUAAAAAGUUGGACUACACUGUUGAGGUCACUAGAAAAAUCAUCAGCUUUGGACUGGCUUUGUGAGCGAGAAACAUCAAGAGCUAAAGACAUCAUCCAGUGUCCAAAGCAGAAUUGGAGCUCCUCCCCUCUGGCAGGAGAUCCCAACUAUGAAAGUUUACAUAAAGGCUGACCUUGAAUUCCUCUGACAGUCUAUAGGCAUGUUUACAUGUGUAAAAUUUCUUGAUCCGAUUAAAAAUUUGAGGGAUUGGAUAAUCUGAAUCCACUGUUUAUAUGGGCGCAAAAUCAAAUAAUCCGAUCAUGAUGUGCAUAUAUAUUUAUUCAGAUUAGAAGCAUUUGGACAUGCACAGAGUUGUCUGAUUACGCUAAAACAACUGUGCUGUCUGUGCUGUCAACAAACUAACAAACGCAGUCGUGGCUCACUCCAUUUUCCCCUCUGUUGAAUGUUGUCACUAGAAUGUGCCCCUUGCGUACUUAGUUUACUGUUCUGUCAAAUGUUGUACUGUGCGUGUAAAUGUGACAUCAUUAUGCUGUAUGUACGUUUUGUUAUGUUACCGGAAGAGCAGACACGGCUUGGUGGUUGUGUUAAUAAUGAAACCUCCUGUACUGACCUCAAUUAAUAAGCCAAAGGCUAAAGAGUGAAGAUCGAGUCAGGUAAGAGAGUCACGAUCGGAAUAAGUGUUUACAUGGAUACCUUUCAGAAUAAUGAUCAGCUUAAACCAACCCUUUCGAUCGGAAUACAAUUUCUCUCAGAUUGAGCCGAAUUGGAUCAGAAUCUUCAGAUCGACGUGUUUACAUAACGCAUUUUUAAUCCGAUCGAGCGUUUACUCCAAUAUUUGUGCCCGUGUAAAUGCAGCUAAUGGCUGCUGAGCUGCUGGGAGUUUCUGCCACCUUUGUGAAGUCAGCCCCAGUGAUCUGUGUGUGUGUGUGUGUGUGUGUGUGUGUGUGUGUGUGCGAAGUAUUCAUUAAUUACUGCACAUGUUUUUCAGGAGCGAUGCCCAUAAUACUUUUGUCUGUAGUGACUCCGGAUGUUUUUUUCUUGCCUAACCAGGUAGCAGCAGAGUCAGGCAAAGUUACAGUUUUCCAUGUCUGAUGGGGAGGCAGGUCACCUUUAAUGUUAUCAGAAGUGAAGAUAAAAGUCGGAGCAGGUCCACUUAGAACAGAUUAUAGCUGUAGCUCAGCAUAACUCUGCAUUUAAAAGGUAAUGACUAUUACCUGGAUGAGCACUGCAUGGUAGCUCAGGCAGUUAAAACUGACAUGACAGGUUAAAUGUGGGAUAAUCAUACGAUGUGUCGAUCGUGCAUAGCAAUCUGUACUUCCUGUUAAGAUUCACUAAGUUUUUCUUUUAUGCACAGUGAGUGAAUCAACCCACAUUCUCUGAAAAAAAUGGACAUCUUGUCAUUCAUCUCUGCCCAUAUCCUUCCUGUUGUAUGUUUUGUUUGAGUUCAGAGCUAUGUCAAGGAGCUUAAACCACAGCCUAUGAGAUAAGGUACAACAGCCUUAUAUCACGUUUACAGAGAUCAUAACUAAUGGUCUGCUCUUAUCAGGAAUAGAAAAGUUCUUAUCACAUUAGACGAAACCCUAAAAUCUGACAAAAAAGCUUCACAAAUGAGAAAUGGAUUCAGAGGUUUAACACAAAGGUCAGUGUGUGUCGGUAAAAGCUCAGAUAGUUUCCUGUUGUUGUUAUGCUCAGAGACUAGAUGAGAAAAAGAGAAAUGAAGACAAGUGAGGAAAGUAAAGAGAGCCCGGUCAGACAAGUCAUGCUUCAAUGGUUUGUUUAUUUAUUUUUUUGCAGCAGUGGACGCUGCGUUUGGCGUCUGGGAUCUCUGCUCUGACUUCCUCACUCUCUGCAGAUUUAUGGCUCAUGCAGACGUGAAGAGUGAUCUAAACCCUGCACAGCCUGCAGGUGGAUACUGAGGAGGUGUUGGGGCUGUGAACGUUUGAGAACAGUACUUAUGCAGGGUAAUAGUUGCAAAGCAGUGGAAAUAUUGAGGAUGUAGUGAAAGUGACGUCAGCCCACCGGUUCUUUCACUGAUCUCCGACCAUUGUCAACAGCUGUCUGCACCAUGCGUCCCCUGCAUACCAGACAUACCGGGGGUCUGCAUCAGCUCUGCAUAAGGAGGCUCUGCUCAGACUUGCAACAGUGGCAUUGUAAUUGUUCUUCAACCACUUCUCAAAAAUCUAAUCUGGACCCCUCCCUGCCCUAAAAUUUCAGGUCUUGUUUCCAAAUUUCCUUUGGUUGCAUGUUUUUAGAAAAAGUAGUUUCCAAACGACUUCCAGCUGGUUUAGAUAAUCACAAUAUUCCUGAUAAGACAGUCUGUUUUUCGCUACUGUUAAACCUGCAUGCUGCAAUCGGAGGCAUUUCAUUAGAACUACUUGUAUGAUCCAGGAAGCUCCCCUUUUUCUUGCAUUUCCACUGUAUGUCACUUGCAGAAAUGUUGUGUAUGUGUUGAUUUAAAUGUUCUCUGUCAAAGCAAGCAGGAAGGUCAACCAAAGAAGGUCAUGCUGCCGGUUUUAAACACUCUGCCAAUUAAAAACAAGUUCAUUCGAGGAGGUCUUAAAGCUUGUCUGUUGAGCUGCAGAUGUUUGCAAAAGAAAAACUGCUUUGUCAUGUCAAGUGUCCAAAGUCUGUUCCUCCUUUUAUACAAAUGAAAAAUUGAGUUUGCACAUGUUGGUUCAACCAGGAGCUGUAUUGCCAAGGAGACAGAAGGGUUGGACACUCCAGGAACUGUGUGUUGUUUUUUUUUUUGCACUCCUGAACUGGCUUCAUUUUUCUACACUCAUGCUGAUUCCCUCUGACUUCAUUCAGAUAUUUCACCCUGAGUUUCUAGCAAGAAACGCAGGGUGGAAAAAUCCAGCCAUUUGUGUCUGCACAUGCAUCAAAUCCCACUUGGUCAUUUUCUAGUAAUUUGUUCUGUAUGUUUACAGUUUUAUUUUAGCAUUGCAUUGAGGAAUCAUGAAAAAAGGGGACCAUCUCUAUUCAGAAACUCAUCCGCUAUUCAAAGGCUCUAAACCAGGAAACACCGCUCCGUGUGAAAGUCUUAUUAACUUCCUUUAUGAGAUCUGAAACAACAACUGAGAAGCUGAUACAUAGGUAAUCACUGAGUUAUUUCAGGACGGGAAGCUUCAGACAAAUGACCUCUCAUCCGCCAUCAGUUCUGGGGAGGAAAACAAAGACUAGCCCUUUGUAUCAUUCUUACCACAUAAGCACCCACUUAGUGUUUACGCUGUUGGCCCACAGCCCAGAUAAGGCCUGAGGGCAUGUCUCUAAGAGCAACCCUUCUGCGAUGGCUCAGUCUUUCACUGUAGGGUUUCUGUCCCUGGAAAAAUUUAGUCCUGCUGAUGCUCAGCGUUUGAGUGGAUCAGUAGCAGGUCUGAAAACCCCCUUACAUUCACAGCAGGCAGAAGCACAGAGAUUUUGUUGGCAUAAUUCCUGGCAGAGAUUCAAAAUAAUGCUGUUGGACAGCUUUAACUGCUAAUUCUCGUCACAUAAGUGCAAAUAUACACUACAGGCCAAAAGUUUGGAAGCAAGAUCAGAUUUGUACCAAAAAAAAAGUUUCAUAGCAUUCAUAGCUUUCUUUAAAGUAACCUCCUCUGGCUUUAACAACAGCUUGGCAUAUACCAGGCAUUCAUUCCAUAAGUUUUUAAUUAAGGUAUGUUCCAGGGAUUGCAUUCCAAGCUUUCUUAAGUUCAUUAAAAAGAGACUGCUGAUUUGUGGGACGUGUUUUUCUGACCGAUCGAUCCAAUUCGCCUUGCACAAGCUCAAUUGGAAAAAGGUCUGGUGACUGAGGGGGUCAAACCAUCUUUUGAAGAACACCUUCCUCUUCUUUUUUGUCUAGGUAACCCUGACAGGGCUUGGCAGAGUGCUUAAGGUCAUUGUCUUGCUGCAAAAUAAACUUAUGAGCCACAAGUCUGAGUCCAGAUGGAGCAGCAUGGUGCUGGAGGAUGGAGUGGUACUGUUCCUUCUUCAUGAUACUCUUUACUUCAAACAAAUCUCCUACUCCAUCACCUGCAAAACAUCCCCAUACCAUGGAACUACCACCUCCAUGCUGAAUUGUGGGUGUAACACAUGGAGCUUUCAGACGUUCACCAGUUUGUCUGCAGACAUAGACUCUGCGUUUUGAACCAAACAGUGCAAACUUGUUUCUAGUCAUCAUAAGUCCAGUGUUUGUGAGCUUUUGCCCACUCAUAUCUCUUUUUCAAGGUUCUGUGGACGAAGUACUGUUUUUUUGCAGAUACACAACCCUUCAGACCAGCCUUUCUCAAACGUCAUUUCACGGUUGUCAGAGAUAUGGGUUUCGACUUUGUCAUGUUGAUUUCCUCCCUUAUUUUUGGUGCUGUCUUUUGCCGAUCUCUCUUACUGGUGACAAUGCCAUGUUUAUCCUCUGCGUUUGUAGUAACUUUCUUUUGUCUAGGUCUUUUUCUAUCAUCAUAAAUCUCAGGUUCCUCUAGUCUCUUCAAAGUGUAGUGGACUCCUUUGUUUAAGACCUGUAGGUGUUUUGCAAUUUCUCUUUCUGUGUAUUCUUCAUUGCUCAAUGUACAAAUCUAUACUUUUUUUUCUUUACUCAGCUGCUUCUUUCUAGCCAUUUUUGCGGUAGUUUUGAACGCAGUUAGUUUUUUUGCUUUUGCACUGAAGUUAUGACUCUUGCAAAUGUUUUCAACCCUAAAACUUUUGCUGACAUAUAUUUAGCAAUGGUCUAUUAACAUCAAUGUUUAUCUGGUAAAUGGAGUAAAAUGGUGCAUUUCCAUGAAAGCAACAUCUGAUCAUGGAGUAAAUACAUCCCAAAAUACAUAAAACUCAUGCUGGAUUUUAAAAAAAAAGCGUUGUGAACAAAAACUUGAAGUUACUCCCAACUGUUCAGCCUGUAAUGGCCUUGCUUCCAAACUUUUGGCCUGUAGUGUAAGUGGCUUUCCUGAGAGUCUGAAUGAUCUGAUAAUGUCUUUUGUUGUUCCCUGUGCAUCUGUCUUUCAUGUCUCAGUUUCCUUCUAGUGUCAGGUCAGCAGGAAGGAAACCCGGCAGCUCUUAAAGGCGUGCCAGAUGGUCACAAGCUACCUGAUUAAUCAUCAGUUACAUGUCGCAGUGAGCCUGUUGAUUAGAACAAGUUCAUAUCAAUGACUCACAGCAAGUUUUUGAGUUGUAGCCUAUAAACUUUGAGGCCUGAACUGUACGAGUGUGAAAUUCUGUAUAUUGAAUACUGUAAAGUGUGUCUUAACAACUGGAUGUGUUUCAGGUUUUGUCUACGGAGCUUUAGACCUCUGACUGUUUAGUCCAGAAAAAUAGGAUGAAGUGUUUUAGAAAGAGGAAAACUGCAAGAAACUGUUCAAUUGUUCUGCACUGAGCAAGUUUCUGGAGCUGCACUUUAAUGAACAUAGUGCAACAGCUCCCUCUUGUGUUGACUGUCCAGCAGAGACAGGCAAUUUCUCACCCCAACCCCCAAAGGAAUGUAAGGCUUACAUCUGGUCAAUGUUUAUGAUCAUUCCUUUAUCAUCUCCAUGAAGUAAAAAUCACCAUAUUAUUCAUUUUGUACUGCAGACCCGGUUGUUCUUCUGCCUAAUCGUCUCGGUCUGAUUGCAUGUUUAUGAAGAAACGAUCAUAAAUGUUCUUCCUUGAGCUGCGUCACCCCGCAGCAGUCCGUAAUGGACCGGCCCGAGGUCUCGCUACAAACAAGCGGCUGCUGGAAGAGAGUAGGUGAGUUGCGUUUAGUCUCUUUGCUAAAGAAAUUGGUCAAAGCUAAAAAAAUGUUUGGUGGCUAGUACUGUGGCUGUGACCCUAUAUGUACUGUUGAUGAAGUUAGGUGCUGUUCUGAGCAUUAUUUGUGGCUAUAGAAUGAAGAGCCAUAAACAAACCUCAACCAAAACGCUAGACUGCUGUGUAUUGCUAUUGUGCGCUUGUUGCUCAAGUUGGUAUAACUAGAGAAGCAAGCGGAUGGCAACAUUCAUCUCUCAAGGGGGUGUCUAACUCGGUGUUACGGUGUGUUUGACCCUAAAUUAAUUUUACACCGGAAUAUCCCUUUAAUGUUUGAUUUCUGAAUUAAACUUUAGUUUUUCUUUAUUUUCCCGCCAUUAAGGUGGAUGGUGCCCCUUCCAACAAGUGCAUAAAUGUCAUAAUUUAAGAUUAUUAAAAAACAUUAAUCUUAGGACUUUAUUAUAAAUUCAAAUCACUACACCUGUCAGGAAUAAAUAAAACCGCCAGAUUUCCUUUUUUAUGUAAAAUAUGUUUUAUAAUUCAAGUAUUUGGGUCACAAGUGAGCAUUUUGUCUUUGGAGUCGAUGAGAUGGAAGCAGAAAAAAAUUAGCCAGUAGACGGAUUUAAGAAAUUCUCACACAGGCAAAGGUGGGAUGGUUAAAUGACUGAGAAGAAAACUGCAGCUCAGGUCACAGGCAGCCAAAACUCAUUUUUGCCCAAAAGCAGGUCCACUUGGUCUGAUCCCAAAGAAAAGUUUAAAAAGUUUAAACUGGCUCUGAUGGAAAAGUGUCUGAACCUUGAGUACACCACAGUUUGGUUGAUGGGUGUAUGAGCAGGUCUUGUCUGAAUCAGGCUCCUGUACAGUAACUAGUCUCUGGAGACGACAGAAGUUCCUGUAAUCGAUGGCUGAUCUCCGCAAGCUCCAAAGACACCAUCAUCGCCAUUACAUUGGGCCCCUCUUGCAAGUCAGAGGGCAGAGGAAGUCAUGCAGUGAAACCAGACGGAAAGAAAAAAUACAGACAGUAACCUCUUUAAAAAAAGGAAAUCAGAAUCUGCUUCCUCUUUCUGCUCUGAAUAUCGGCAGGGUUAUUGUGGCGAAUGAGUCAAUGAAGGAUUUAGUCAUCAGUGAUUUACACUUUUUUUGCCAAGUCAGACUUUGUACAGCAAAGAAAGGGUCACGUGUACGGUAACAGUCUGGGAAAGAUUUCCUGAUUCUGAGGCUGCGUUUGCUGCAUUAUGUGACUUCAUAAAAAAAUGCAGAAAUAGGAAAUGGGAGAAAAGAGCAGACUUUAUAUCAGCGGUCACUCCAAUACUAAAAAAUACAGACUCUUCUCCAAGUAUGAGUGAUGAUGGGUUUUCUCUUUGGAGAGAUGCAGGUAUAAAAACUCUGAGAAAUCUCUUUGAAGGGGAUAAAAUGAUGUCAUUUGAGCAAUUACGACAAAAAUAUGAUCUACCUCAAACACUUUUCUUUAGAUCUCUGCAAGUAAGACACUUUAUACACGACCAAACUAACUUGGGUAUUCUUUUAAUCUUGGAUUGGGGUAGAUUUGGAUAUUCUUUGUUUCUUUUAUUCCUUUUUCUGUGUAAAUCACUUUGUGCUACAUGGUUGUGUAUGAAAAGUGCUAUAUAAAUGAAGAUUGAUUGAUUGAUUGACUGGUUGAUUGAUAGGACAACUAGACAGUACAGGCCCGGCUCUUCAUAUUUAACAGGGAUGUGACAAGCUAUUAGUUCAAGUAAAGUCAGUGGGAAUCAACUUUUUGACUUUUAAUGUCAAGCAUAUAAAGGGAGGGUCUUACCUGUGGUGCAAACCUGACCCUCACGCCCCCCUGGAAGUGGAGCAGCUCCUCCUUUGACGGCGGCGCUCAGGUGGAGUUUUACCUGACAGACCCUCUAAGGUAAUGUCAGCAGCAUCUUUCAUCUUCACAUAGCUAGUUAACAAUCUAAACACGGAAGGGCAAACGACGGUGAAUGAAACUGCAUUUUGUUUAAAGACGAGAAGAAAACACAAGUAAACGCGAAUCUCUAAAUUUGACCCUCAUGUCGAUAUGUUUACUAGCUUAGUGAAUUUUUUUGUAGGAUGGAAGGGGAAGGUCCCGCCCUCCUUCGCCUCUGAUUGGCUAGAAGUGCUGGGCUCCGAUUGGUCGUCGAACAGUCGUCGAAGUUUCUUUACUUGUGGAAAGCGGAAGAGGAGCUGAGCGCGUUCAUAGCCCACACUGCCCCCUAAUGGAGAGACCUGCCUUUAAAACUAAAAUAAAACAAAACGACGAUUUCGAGCAUAUAUUACUCGAUAAAUAAACAGUUUGUGUUUUUUCCCUGUCAAUGUAUGAUACAAUUUCCACUUUGUAGAAUAAUUUGGUGGAAACUCUCGAGUUUAAGAGAUUUUACACGGUAAAAAUGUGUUGGCAGCUGCGCAGUUGAAGUUAAGCAGAGUGAAUAAGGAGGGAAAAUUUAGAGAUUACCUUGAAAAAGACAACAGAAAGCUCAGAGGAAGGUCAAAUAAUGAUGUUUUUUGAUGGUUUGACAACUCUCAAGCAGCCUUAGAGCUUCAAACUCACGGUAAGUACAACAAACACGUAAAAAAAACAGACAAUAGGUGGCAGGAGACACCACUGCAUGGAAAAUAGCAGCCGGAAUAAAAUACAGGGGAGAUAAUACAGGAAAAAAAGUAAUUAGACAUAGUUCAGGGGGUUUUAAAUAAACAGUUUUAGAAUCUGAAUAUUAUUCAUCUAAAUUAUUUCAUGUUUGUGAUUUAUUUAUUUCAACAGCUUACAUGUAUCAGCCGUCAACCUAGUUUAGUUAGCGCCAUCUAUCUGUCUGUCUAUGCGAACAAAGCUUGAGUAUUCAUGUGGACAUGAGUGGCUAAAUUGUCAGAUUUUUGUCAGAAUUGUCAUUUUUCUGUGUAGUAUAAAGCUCUUAGUACCAAUAAAAAAAGUUAAAUACAACAUUUCAAUUAUAUUUUUAAAGAAAUAAACACCUUAGAAGUUGUUAAUGAUCCUUAAACAGGAUCCUUUACAGCACCUGAGGGUCCACAGAUUAUUGGGUAUUAUUGGGAUUGAAUUUUUUUACAUGACAAAAGGCUGGCAGUUGAAAAGGAGUGUGUAGACUUUAUAUAUCCACUGUAUAUUCUACUCACUUUCUUAUUGUUCUGCUGUGAUUUGUAGCUCUUUAACAUUAAGAGAUGAUGAAUGAUUUCCUUCCAUAAUACUGAAUUUAGUUCUCAUGGUGUAUGAAUGACAAACCAGUUUAACCUGAUCGGUGCAUGCUUUGUCAUGGUGUGCUUGUGUGCGUUUGUGUGUGCUUUUGUGUGUGUGUGUGCCCUCUCACAUGAAUACCAAAGCCUCCCAGCUCUCACCCUGUAUUCAUAUCUGUCACAUCUAUCAUUAGAAAUUAACAUUUACAUCUUGGAAAUUGAAACCUUGCUAUUUGUGGACAGACGGCUUUUAUUUUGAAAAGUUGUUUCAUUAAUAAUCAUAAAAACAGACUCUUUUUUUCUGCAGUGGCUUGUUUGUGUUUAACCCCUAUGUUCAUACUCUGCACAGGAUUACUGGGUUGGGUGGGGUAUAACCUUUGCUUGACUAGCUGUUUUAAACUCCAAAUCAAUCCUUACUUGUACCUGUAUUUUGUUGUUGUUUGUUUUGAAAAGGUCUAAACUGCUUUACUGUACACAGAGCUGGCAGCUUACUGUAUACAGAUGACAAAAACCAGGGGGGUGUAACCUGCUGAACAUGAUUUGUGUGUAACUUUAAACUUAGUGUCUCUGUCUCUGUUCUGGAUCUCUUUCACACAGGUUAUUAUGGACAAAAAAGCCGAGUCUGAUCACAUAAACAGUACAUAUACAUUACAAAGUAAUUCACACUACUCGCCUAAAGCAGAAGCGCCGGCCAUGUCCCUCCUCUUUGUUGCUGCACGGAGAAGUCAGCCCUCAUCACCUGUGUCCCCGUCACAAGACAACACACCCUUCAGGAGUUUGCUGCUGCACCUGUGUCUCAAGUGACAGAGAGAAAGGGAGUUAAACACCUGCACUUUACGGCACUCAAAGGUCCACAGACUAUUAGGUAAGUGAAUCAGCUUUGAUUUUAUGUCAUUGUGUGAUUUUUAUUUACUGGCUAAGUCUGUGAACACAACCCCCAGGAUCCCUUUAUAUGUGAUUAAUUCUGUGUCUGCUUGUAUUCUUGAUUAAUGGACCUAUUCUUGAUUAUUUUUACCCUUCUUUAAAGAAAAACAAGAUGGAAUAAGGCCAUGGGAAAUUAGUGGUGAAUACUAGUGAGUCAUAAAAUAACAAGAAUGAAUAUAAGGCAGAAAAUAAAAAUCCGGUCCUUCGUUUUGUGAGCGUGUACCUCUGGCAACAACAUGCUGUUCAGGGAUUUGAGCCAUGGGAAUAAUACAUGCUGCCUCAUUAAACCGGGCUACAGCCUCAUGUGAAAUAAACAGAAAAUCAGCUUUCUAAGAAGAGUGAGAGCGGUAUUUAAGAAUAAUAAGGAAACUCAGAUGGCGAAACGAGUAAAUAAAAAUAAAAUAAGGAAUAAGUGUUCAUUCAUCCAGCUUCACGAUAAGUGUCACAUUUAACAGAAAAUGUAAAGGAGCUUGUGAUGCAGAAAGCUUCUUUUCAGAGAGUGAUUUUCUUCUUUUAGGAUUUGAACACCUUUAUCUAAAGAACAGGAAAGCAGAUAGAGUCGCUUUAUUAAACUUAUACUUAUGGACCGUCGUGUUUUGGAUUUGGUAACACACAGAUAAGAUCUCUUUCACUGUAACGCCUCCGUGUUUUUGUUGUCAAAAAAAAAGAUAGUGUUCUCCCUACAAACUAAACCUAACUGUGGUGUCUGAUUUGGGUUUCUUUGUUAUUUGGUCACUCUGUUUGUUAUUCUUGGUGUCAAUCAGCAUAUUUGAUCACCUGGACUGAAUAUUAGGGACAAAAAAAUCCUCUUUGAAGAUCCAACCGAUGAUGAACAACAAAAUGCUUUAUUAAAGAGGGAAACAACCCGGCUCAGUUUCUCGCUCAGUCAUGUUGAUGAGCCAAAACCUUUGGUACAGUUUAACCAGAUGCUCCUCAUUCCUCAUUUUGGCACAGACAGCUCGUCAUAAACCAAAACUACUUGAACAUGUAAUGACUUUACUGUGACCUCUUUUUUGUGACAGUAUGCCUUUAAUCUCAGAGUUUCUUAUAUCUUAAUUCUCAUGAUUAAAUAACUUAACUGUGACUUUAUUCUUGUGAGAAAAUAGGGUAGAGACAUCCUGGUAUUUAAGUGAAAGUAAUUGAAUAUAAACUUAACUCUUCUUAUAUUAUCCGGAUUUUAAAGAGAUGAAAUAGAAGAGUAAAUGUUUUUUUGUGUGUGUGCAUUACCGUAGUAAUUUUUAACCAGCCUGAUUGUACAAAUAUUAGUUACACAAAAUGCUUAUUUAAAGGGGAAUACAACACGGCUCAGUUUCUUGUUCAGUCUUUUCAGAGUCAUGUUGAUGAGCCAAAACCUUUGGUACGGUUCAACCGGAUGCUCCUCAUUCCUCAUUUUGGCACAGGCAGCUCGUCAUAAACCAAAACUACCUGAUCAUGUUAUGACUUUACUGUGACCUCUUUAUUGUGACAGUGAAUAUAAACUCAACUCUUCUUAUAUUAUCCGGAUUUUAAAGAGAUGAAUUAAAAGAGUAAAUGUUUUUUUGUGUGUGUGUGCAUUACUGUAGUAAUUUUUAACCAGACUAAUUAUACAAAUAUUAGUUUUACGCCCCUCCGGUCUUUGAAAUGAGUCACAAAGACUCUGAAAAGAGUUUCUCUUUCACCGACCUGUCAGAAAUACAAAUGUGAGUGGAAGAGAAACAAUCCUGAACAAACUCUCACACAAAGUGAGUCCUCCAACACAAACAGCUGUGUUGCAAUAAGAGGGACGAGAUGAAAGGUAACUAAUCUGUGUGUGUGUGGCUGUAAUCUUUAUGACUGUGAUCUUUAUGUCAUUUAGCCAUAAAUAAGUAGUAAAUAUGUUCCUAUUUACUAAAGAUUCAUGUGUUUGAAAGGAGUUUCUCCGUUGUUACAAACUCAGUGAGAAUCUGCAGAGUUUCAAUGAUUUUUUGUGCACCUGUUCCUCAGCACCAAUCAAAACACAGCUUUAGCUAACGACUCGAUUGUGAAGGAGAUACCACAAGUUAGCUCAUGACGGGUCGGACUAUCUUUAUGAUAUUCAAAUUUGUCAUAUUUGACAUUUCUACCUGAGAAACAGGCUGAAAAUUGUGACCAUCCAUUAUGUAUUUGUGAUAAAGUGCUGUGUACCCUGCUAGUUUUCUAGUCUGUAUUUGUCGCUGACUCCCAUGAUUGAGGGCCUAGUUUUUUGCCACAGACUGUUUUUUUUUUUUUAGGUAAGUAAGUAAGUAAGUAAACUUUAUUUGUAUAGCACUUUUCACAGACAAAAGAGUCACAAAGUGCUUCACAUAGACAAAAAUAAAAAGAUGUACAUACAAAUUAAAAGGCCAAGACAACAACAUUUAAACAGUCAUAGUAGCCCCAAAAACAAUUAAACAAAUGCCUGAGCAAAUAAAUAAGUUUUGAGUCGGCUUUUAAAGGAGUCAACAGAAUCAAUUAAGCGCAGAGAGAGAGGAAGAUCAUUCCAAAGCCUGGAGGUAACAGCCUGGAAGGAUCGGUGUCCUCUGGUCCGAAAACGAGUGCGCGGAACCAUCAGCAGAUUCUGAUCCACAGACCUCAGAGCCGGAGAGGGGGUGUAAGGCUGGAUCAGAUCACAAAUAUAGGAUGGAGCCUGACCAUGCAAGGCUCUAAAAGUUAGGACCAGAAUUUUAAAAUUGAUCCUUGAGGACACAGGCAGCCAAUGAAGAGCUUCAAGAAUAGGGGAUAUGUGAGUCCUCCUAUUAGCGCGGGUUAGAAUUCUCACUGCAGAGUUUUGCACUAACUGAAGACGAGACAGCUUCUUUUUUAGGCCGUGAGAAGAUGGCGAUGAAACUGUCCUCUUCUUCUGACAGAUGACGUUAUCAGGAGAAAGACAUCUCAGUGUCUCCAAGCCUCUGAAUCUCACUCAAUCAAAUCAAACUUGGUUUUACGUUGAGUGAGGGUCUUCUGUGCAUCUCUGUCUGUGUGUAAAAAGCAAAGGGAUCUCGGUUUUGGACUCCUUUGACCAUCUUACUAUCUCACUAAUUGAGCCAUUAUACACACAGCAGCUGACCUGAGACUUGAGACCAGAUCUUUCCGGUCUGAGGCACAGCUGUAAGAUGGUAACUUGUUAUCUUUGCGCCUGACUCCGCCAACAAAAAUGACGAAAGAACCUGGCGGAAAAUGACGAGUGAGCCUUGGCGCCUGGUCAGAGCAGAUGUUUAUCAUCCAACAUCAACGUCUCGUUUUGACCCGUCCUACCUAGAUGGCCUUCAACAAUCAAUUUGAAUGAUGAUCAUACAUCAUGCACAACCUCAAACGAUAUUAAUGUAUUUUUCAGAUAACUUCCAGACUAGUUAUCUGCGGCUGGUGGUUUAUUUUUUAUUUGUUAGCUGUGUUUCAAAGCACUGCUCGUCUUCCUGAGAUCCACAUAUAAAAACAACAAUAAUAAUAAUAAUAAUAAUAAAUGUUAUUUAUAAGUUCCUUUCUGAGCACUCAAGGUCAGAUUUAAACGUACAUUUACAAUCAAAGCAUGGCGGUGUCACAGUGUUGUUCUUGCAUUUGUCACUCACGUGUUUUAAUCACAUGUCAGUCUUGUAAACUUCAUGAUUGGUUGAUCCAGACGGGGAUAACUCAACAGAAACAAAAACAUUGCGUCAGGAAACGUCGGUCCCAAACCUUAUGGAGGUUUACUGAUGACCCUGUACCGAUGUUGCUCUCAUGCACGGAUCUAAUUAUAGAUGUUUUUCAGGGUUUCUGUCACUUAUGAAGCAUCAGUGCGAUCGAAGCUCCAGUCAUCCAUGAACCGUCUGACAAAGACAUUCAGAUAUUUUCCUUUUAACACGUCACAGUCAUCUGGGUCUGCCCGGCUGAUUCAUACCUGAUGUUGGACAUGAUUAGAGUCCGUACGCAGAUUAAAAACUGGAUAAAGAGAUCUGUUUUUAUUUUUAUGUGAGGGCCGCAACGACUUUUCCUUUAUGAGGCUCUCAGUGAGACAUUUCCUGGACUUUUCCUCCAAAAAACAUAACAAUCCAAGAUACUAAUUGUUAACUUUGGUUAAGAUGAAACACAUGGAUAUUUUUAAAAAGCCCUUAAAAAUUGUCAUAUAUCUCUUCUGCUCAGAUUUACCUGAACGUCUGUUUUCUGGCAGGUAAAGCGCUCUGUUUUCUUUUGUUGUUACUGGUUGAAUGGUGUCGAGUUUCAGCGUUCUUUCCACUGAUGCACCUAUUGUCUCGUCAUUUUUGUUACCGCUAUGUUAAAGGUCACUCUGCGCCACUGAGAGAAAAUCUUUUGUCAGACACUCCCUGAUUCUUAUCUGCCAACACACCCACAGAUUUGGCAACACCUCAUAAAAGUUCAUUAAACUGCAAUUAAAGAGACGUGUAAUUAGUGAUUUAACAACGACAAAGCUGUGUGAUAAAAUCAGAUGUAACGGGUUGUCGACUCUCUGAUGGUUAUAGAUCACACCAGGAUCUUUGACGAUAGCAUGUGUUUGUUUUGUUGUCUGUGUCUUUGACUUUAUCUGUACAUACAGUGUAAUUCAGACGAUCAAAUGUGUGUUUUUGUGUCGUGGCUGACUAUAACAGCCCCCAUCUCCUCUCCAACCGUCUCCCCAGUGAAUUUCAUCAUAAAGCCGCCUCGUCCCAUGAGACUCGUCACAUCAUGAGAUCACGUAACCUGUUCCUGCUGGUUUACUUUCUGUGGAGCUGCAGCGGUAUGAGAACAUUUUGUUUCUAUUGUUGCAUGUGUCACGAUUCACAUUUCCACCUUAGACGGAUCAUGUUGGUGAUUGCUGAUAUAUCGAAUAUAAAGGGAUCACUUUAUUAGUCCUUUUGGUGUCGGUUCAGCUCAUGUUGUUGGGUUUUAUGUCGCCUUGGCUCUUGUUGGUUCUUCUGUGAUGAUGAACUAAAUUGUGUUUAAACUUGAUGUUCAGGGUUAAACUGUUGGGGCUUCUUCUACUUUUACACCUUGUUAUAUAGAUAAAAGUUAUAAUUGUUAAAUCAUUAUUACCAAAUGUAUUCAGUGAAGUCAGAGUGUUUUCCCAAGUGUCCUCUUAAGGAAGUUAAUCGUAUUUAUGUCCGUGUUAAAUGCUCAUUUUUAGAAAUUAAAAUUACAAAUGUUUACAGCUUUGGUCUUAAAAGUCUAUUUCUAAAUUCAUAUACACUAUACAGGAAGUGUUUUUUUAACCCAUCCAUUAUGACUCAGAGUUAUUCAAAGAUUUAUAUAAUAAGGGGUGAGGCUGAGUUCACUCUUUAUCAAGAGGCUUACAGCUCCACCGCUGUGCCUCUUGCUGGCUUGACCAAAAAUUUGUUAUAGUCUACAUCUCCAUCGUCAUUCAGCGUUUGAACCGCUCUCCAGAAACAAAUGUGUGAAGUCACUGAACCUACAGCCAUGUUUUAUACACUCUACUAUCCAUUAAGGUACAGCUUUGAAUAUAAAAUGCUUUUAAAUCUUGACUUUUUUACACCUUCUGCAUUUGUAGUGCUGCAGAAAAAGUCACCUAUAGAUUAUCUGUUUGCUGCUAAGAUGAUAAGUUUGUAAAUGACCACGACGGGUAAUCAUUCAGCUGUUUUAAUAGCCUUAUAAAUAUUUAGGUGACACUUAUAAUUUAUAAUGAAUGAAUAAAAUAAAGGUAAAACAAAAUUAACACAAAUUUAAAGAGAUACAUCUAUCUGUAUUACUGCUGUCAGCAUUUAACAGACCCAUAAUUCCACUGGGUCUCUGUAGGCUUCUUCCACAGGGAGGAGAAAUCAUAAUAGGUGAACUCAAACUAUUGAGGAGCAAACUCAAAUUAUGUAGUCCUCGUCAUUUUAGGUAGAGCCCCCUGAGAUGUGAGUUUGUGACUCUCUGAGAUUUGCACUUUUCAGUGUAUGUGUGGACCAGCAGGGCAAAGCAACAAUUUUUUUACAGUGUUUUAUAGACACAAAGAAUAGUCCUGUUACAGUACGCAGGCGAGACAAGAAUUAUAACUGCAUUUAUAACUAAUGAGAAAAGAAAAGAAAAAAAAAACAAUACCAAUAAAUAUAGAAGGAAAAUGUGUUAAAUAUGUGUGAAUAAUGAGAUAGAAGGAAAUCACGUACAAAGACUAAACUUUAAGUCCCACUCCGACCUUUUUUUUUACUACUUAAAGUGUUCUCAGUGGUCUUUAAAUUGUAAUUAUGAAGUUUUUUGCCAAAAUCAUGUUACCUGUGUCAUUCUCAAUGGUAUUUCUGCCGCAGAGCUCCAGUAGCUCAUUAGCAAUUCACCUCUGAGUCGUGGGCAGGGAACAGCGCAAGCUUGUAGCCUAACAUUGCUGGUGCUGUAGAAGAAGCAGGUAACAUAGGACACUAAUGUCAUUAGAAGCAUGAUUAAAGUUAAUAUCAUAAUUAGCUUUCUUACGAGCAUUGCAAUCCGCUAACGCAGAUGCUUGUUCCGCAAUCGUCCUCUCUACUUUUUCGAAUGUGGCCUGUAUGUGGGGGUUCGGGGGCGGAGCUUGGAUUUGUGACAUAGAAAAUCUCUCUCUCUCUCUCUGAACCUGCUGUUUGGGUCUGCAAGAGAUUCACAGCGAUUUGAAUGCAGAAAUUUUGCACUUAUUUCAGCAUCAGAAAGAUAUAAAUAUGAACAUAUGAACAUGUAGACAACAAGAAAAACAUGAUUUUUAUUGGAGUGGGUCUCUAAAGGAUGGGUUACAGAGCAGUAGGAGUCGUUUUCUCCACGAAAUGCAGCCAAAGGAAAGUAUAAAAUGGAGGGUAAAGGGGGCAAAAAGUUUUCAAAAAGUGUAAAACAAAAAGAAAAAACCUCUGACAACAGUCUGACUGUGAAGAAAUGUAAUGUUCAGAAUCAGAAAAGUGACUGAUGACCGCUGAUGUGGUCGAAAUGCUCCUGAAAUCUUCUUUUAUAUCAGCUGCUGGAUCUAACAAUGAACUGUCUCCUUUUGUCUUUCAGCAGAGGCAUCAGUUAAACAAAAGUAAGAACAGGGAGUCAAAUUGGGAAAACAUUGAUGUUUUUUUUUCCUCUGAUGACUGUUUGUUUCCUGACUUUUUCUCUUUGUUUGUUGUUUCACUGAUUUAAUCUGCAGAAAGAAGCCCUGCACUUCAAAGGAACAAUGCGAUCAGGUCUGUAAUCUGCAUGUACACACGUGCUUCUAAAAUGUGCAUGUGAUCACUGGGAUUGUAGUGUUUUUAUUACCAGAUUAAAGUUGAAACCAAAGACGAAUAUGUUGUCAGAGCAGCUUCAGUGUGACAUCACAUCCCUGCAGAUUAUUUGAAUCUGUAAUUUACCGAUUUCUGCGGUGUGUUCACAGAAACAGGAAACAGCUGUGGUUAAUCUCAACCAGACAUACCUAAGUUUAAAAGAUGCUUACAUAGGAAGGAUUUGGUUACCAUUAGAUGCGAUAAAACCUUGUCUGUAACUCCAUCCUCAGGACGCUUGAACUUCCACUUGCUAAACUGCCCGAAUCACAUGCCAACAGGAUCGAGAUCAUUGUUUUCAAAUCUUCUAAACAUGUGGACGAACAAAACUUGUCUCGAGUUUAUCAGAGUUUAUCAGUGCUGCUGCAUGGGAGUGUUCGCUCAAAGACACUUACAAUUUUGUUGAACUUAGAGAGGAUCAUGGGGAAUUGAAACCUCCUGAAAUAUUUUGAUUUGUAACUGAGUGUAACUGAUACCACUGAUCACAGGUGUGUUUCAUUUCAGCAAGUAUCACGAAGGCAUCUCGAUGAGCCUGAAAAUGAGAAAGUUAUCCCCAUGUGAAGUUGAAACUUCAUGUGUCACGCCCUCUCAGUUACACCUGAGUGACAUAUUUAAAUAGGGGAGACUGGGGACAGUUGCUACACUUUUUGCUUUUCUCUCAGUUACUCAGAGAUGAUUUGGACGAGGCCAACCAUUUACUUAUAUCGUAAAUUUCAGGGGUGGGAGAAAAAAUCGAUACAUCAUAGUAUCGCAAUAUUUUGUCUGGUGAUAUAUCGUAUCGUCUCACUGACCAAGUAUCGAUUUUUUUCAAAUUAAUUGUUAAUAUGAAGUCAAAUAUAUGAUAAUGGAGAAAUAAAAUCAACUGUUUGGGAGGAGGAGAAAGUUAGAGCAACAAAUAUAGCAGCACCUGGGGAAAGACAUGAGGAAUGCAAACAGGGAACAAAUAAGAUGGACCUGACAUAUAAGGUUUUCAUGUGCUACAUGAAAAUAAAAUACAGUGUAAAUAAGACAAACAUAAAGGAAAGCCAAAUGCUAAAAUAGCUAAACAGUUGGAAAAAAAAGUAUAAAUCACAAUAUAUAGUAUUGCAAUACUCACUUUAUUGCAAAAUGUUAAAAAUCGAAAUAAUAUCGUAUCGUAGGGCUACUAGUGAUUCCCACAAUCUGUCAUCUAAUUCCCCAUAUCAUUUAAAAAUGAUUAUAUCAGACAGAUUUUUCACAAUUUUCAUUCAAAGCACAAAUCGCUUUCCGCGCCUGUUUGUGUUGUUGAACAACGGUGACGUUUGUCGCAUAUUGAUGACGUAUAGGUCGGAUGAACGCGACCUGAGCGUCCACACUGCAGUCACAUCGGAUACAUAUCCGAUUUAUAUCCACAUACAAAAGAGGUCUGGGUCGGAUUAAAAAAAAUAAGAAUUGCACUGUUCACACUUAGAUUACAAAAUCAGAUAUGUGUCACAUAUGGUUAAAAAAUCGGAAUUGACCUGCAGUGUGAACACAGACUAAAUCUGCUGGUGUAGCCGAAAAAAAGCUUGUUUUGUACCUGUGCGUUCAUGUAGAUUCAGUUAAAGAGGUCCAAAUCCAGCAAACCCAGAACCAGGUUUUCCCUUUUAGCACUCUAAGGUUGACCCAAAUGUUUAACUAACAGAACUUUUACAGUACUCAUCAAAACAACUCCGAUACGGACCACAAAGUAAAACUAAAACAAACUAAAUAAACCACCAAACUGUCACUCCUGGAAAAUAAAUCCCUGAAACAUUCACCUACAUUCUGCUUUUGCUGAUUUCUAACACGCUUAUAUAAGAUUUAAGAUUAAAGUGAGCCGUUAUAAUGAUGCUGAUUUACUUUAUCAGUAACUGGCUUUUACCCAGAAUGCCUUUGGAUCUUAAAAUAUAAACACAAUCAUUCAUUACAAAUUAAGCUGAGCAGCAACAAAACGUGAACAGAAUUUCAGCACUGCUUCAAAAAUAAUGACAUCCAGCUGUUGACUUUGGCUUUAAAUAGUCGACUUUAUUUCCUGAUGUUAUACACCGAUUGUUUGAUUGAGGUUUUUCUUACAUCGGUGCAGUUUUUGAUGUUUUGAAUUAAAAUUGGAAAAGACUCUUUCCUGCUUCUUUAACUAUUAAACUGACUUCCUUUGUUGUUAAUCUCAAGGGUCCAGAUCCGACCUCUGGCUUCCUCCAGUGUGUGGGAUUGAGGGAGACAGACACCGGCAGAGACGAUCUGCAGAACCUGAAAGGCAUGCUGGAGGCAACGAUGGACGUGUACACCUUCAUGGUACGGCUGAGAGUUAAAACAGGACGACAGGAAUGUUUUAUGUAGACACGCACAAAGGAAGGAAUGUUGUCUUGAAUACCGACCGGACCUGUUUGGUUUCAAAGCUGUGUUUAUUUUUUCUCAUGGAGAAAAUGUGCAGACUGUCAGAGAUGUGCAUCGUGGGUAAUUUUCCUCUGACUCACAGAAUACUCACCGUCCAUUUUAUUCGCCUGUUUGUCCCUCCAACAGAAGUCCAGCUUGGCAGGUGUUCCCCUCCUCAGCCUGGAGGGAGCGCUGGAGUUAAACCUCAAAGCAGACCCUUACCAGAAUGAAGACCUGAUCCACAUGUGGUUACAAGUCAAAAUGAAACCCCUGCUGAGAUCCAUCAGCAAGCACUUCCUGUCCUGCUUAAGUACCAGAAACUUCAGCUGCGCCACCUACCAGAGAGUGUAAGUCCGCCCCUCCGUCUGUCAGCUCGUUUCUAUGAUCUCAACAUGAUCUCUCAGCAUCCUCUCUGUCUUUUUGCAGAGUGCACGAUCUCAGCAUCUAUUACGCCGACCUGAAUCCAUAUCGACAAAAGUGGAUCUACACAUUCUUCAUGUACCCGUUUCUGUCCGGAGACAGAGUCAAAGGUGAAAUCUUUAAUGUGUUACCAAAAAAAAUGCAGUGUCCGCUUCAGUCUGGCUCUCAAAGUCAAAGGAACCCCCCUCCCUGUCUGCUGGACGUUCAUAACCUUCAGUAAAAAAAACAUCAUAAAGUUAAACUGGAGGAUAUCUUCAGAUCAGUAUCCAAACUGCAAACUUAAAGGCAUGGUUGACGAUUGGAGAAGCAGUUGAAAAAAAGUGAGCCAUUGAGGCAGAUUUGAAAAAAGCGUCCAACCCCCCCACACACAAACCUCACCCCUCUGUGCGCCCCGAUAACUCCCCCCUAAACCUGUAUCGCCCUCCCCGUGACACACUCCUUCUGGCAGAGCAAGAAGCCGGCCGGCAGAAGAUCCUUCGCUAGCUUCAAAUAGGAUUCCCCAUGUCGGAAUUCUAGAGACGAGCAGCAGUAAACACCAGCUCUGCUAGCGAGCGCCGUCUGCAGCUGCCAGAGACUAAUAAGAGUUAUUUAUGUAACAUGAGCCAUGAUAAAAGGCGAUAAAAAUGACCUGUUCAACAAAAACGCUGCUGUCACGGCGUCUGUUUUCAGGACCAAAUCCUGGCGGAGCUUUCUCCACCGCUCAAAGGAUGACCCGGCAUUUAUUCGAGUUAGAUUCCUCGCUUGGUCACAUUGCCUCUUCGACUCCGCCCCUUUCUUCCCACUUUUAGCGUUGAGGCGAGCAGCAGGGUUUUUUUUCCAUCCCUCUCCAUCACAACUCCUGUAGCUAAGCUCCGAGGAGGGCCGGGAGAGUGGGAGGGGACGAGUCAGAACUACGGGAGAGGGGUGUGUCGAAUACAGCGAGGUGAUUGGAUGCAGAGGCGGAGCAGGAGAUUGACCAAUAGGAGCUGUCCGGAACAGAAGGCUCCCAUUGGUUAAUGUUUUUGCAGCCCUGCUCCUGAUAGGGUGAACAGAUUUUUUCCGUUCUUUUUUUCUCUUCGCUUUGUGGAGAUCGCACUACAGGACCAUGAUCGCCAUAGAAACGAGGUUCAUAAUAAUUAGCAAUCUCUCCAAUCGGCAACCAUGCCUUUAACUGAUGUUCAUGUAAACUGUGUGUGUUGUUUUCGUCCAGGUUGUGUAAGUAAGGAGGAGUCCAGCGAGGAGUGGUUAAUGAAGAACUUCGGCUCCUUCAGAGCCAUGGCCAGGAUGGAGGACUUCUCAAAACUCAACAUGGUCUUCAGUGGAGUGAGUGAACUCCAGCUCCACGCUCUUACCCACAAAACACCAAAACCAGGAGACACAGUCCAUGACGUUCGUUUCCAUUUGUGUGUGUGUCUCUUCUCUACAGCUGGAGGUUCUCCACCUGCUGUCUCAAACGCAGAAGGCUGAGCUGCUGCUUCAGCCCGGGGUUCAAAGUUUAGACAACGGCACCCUCACUCUGCUUUUCCACAGUAUGUUGACAGGAGGCCCCGGCCCUCACCCAACAGCCAUUCCUGGACCGGGCUACAACUGGACAACCCCUGGAUACCCACCCAUGCAUCAUCCAGGACCCACAUACGACCCUUACCGACCUCCAUCCCCACACGACCAACUCAGAGAGGUACAGUAACAAAUCACGGGUGACUUUUGAAAACACAAACAUUAACUGAACUUUUUUGAUGAUUGGAGGUUUUGAAUAUGAAAGUGGGGCCUCUUAUUUUGGACUAAUUACCUUCUUUACCGCUGUGACAGGUUGUACAGGGGUUCAUGAGUGUCGUCAGACCCAUCGGGAGCUUCGUUCACGACUUUGUCUCUUUGGUUCAUGAGGUGCGAACACACAUACACUCAAUAAAGCGCGCUCAUGCAUUACACCAGCCGAGUGAAAUGACCUCUGACCUGCUGUGUUCCCCCAGAAACACGAGUCAAACAUGAAAAGAAACGUUGUGACCCAGUUCCUGCUGAACUGGACUCUGGGUGAGCUGGCAGACUUUUACAGGCCAGAAGAAACGCCCCUGGUUCCAACGAAGCCGGCGUUUGACGUGACAAAUGUGGAGGACUGGUACCACCAUGUCGUCGUACCGCUGUUACUCAGGUUCCUGCCAAAUGGAGACUACCUGCAACAUCACAGCAUCAAACUGGCCUUCCAUGAAGUGUUGUACGUCACUUUACGUCUAAACGUUUUCUACAUUUGAUCAGAUCGUUAAAGUGGUAAACUAUGGAGUCAAAAGAAAAGGUCACAAAAAACAUCGAUCGGCCAACUUUAGGUGUCACUUUUUUUGUCUGUUUUGAGUCAAAAUUAAAGUGUGAAACUGUUUCCAGGAAAAGAUAAUUUGACAAAAAUUGAGAAUCGAGCCAUUUGUGUUUGAAACAAAGACCUUCAGACUAAAACUGAGCUACAAAGAUUAGUAAAUAUUAUGUUCACCUUCAUCAUAGGGCUGCAUGAUUAAUCGAUUUUAAAUCGUAAACAGAUUAUUUGAUCAUGACGAUGUUAAAAAAAUCAAAAUCGUCAAAUCGAUUUUCCUCUCUAUCAUGUCUCGUGCCUCCAGGCCACCGUAGGCCACCCCAUUUCUGCAGCAGCGCUCCCCAGUUCCCACACACACCAGUGUAAACAAACAUGGCGUUUGCAAAAGAAGGCAAUAAUUUCGUGGUUAAAUAGGACACGAGUGAGUCAGUCGUGUGGAAUUGGUACGACUUCACAGUUUCAGAUGAAGAGAAAACCACUCCCCGAGUAUCAACCCGUCCACACGGAAACAAUUCAGGAGUAAACGCAAAUGUUUUUUUUGUAUCAGCGUUUCAUUUGCACAGAAACAGCAUUUCAGCAGACCGUAAAAGGGCCUUUUUGAAAACUGGUCAGAGAGCCAUAAAUCCGUAGACGACGACCAUUUCAUCUCCGUGUGGAUGUCUAUCUGCAUCUCUGGAAAAGAUCAUGUGACACACAGCGUAACUUUUUUAUGGCGCCAAAACAACCUUUAAACACAUGCUCUGUACUCUUCUUCUGUCUUUUGUACAUUUCCACGGCGUUCGUUACAGCGCCACUUACUGGCUUGGCAAAUGCACUACAUCGUUUUCAGUGGUUUUGCUUUGAGAGAUGAAGUUCGGUGAAGUUGUCACUGGAUAAAAAUCCAAAUUGAAAAUCUAGUUUAUAGAGAAAAAAAUCUCAGCUCAGUUGUCCAAAGGUUUAAUAAUCGCAGCUUUAGUCAGUUGACGUGUUUCUGUGUUUCCUGUGCCAGCUACCUGGACCACGGCGUGGACGAUGAACCCUCUGAAGUCCCCGAUGUGUGCAGCAUCACUCUCGACAGAAGCCCAUGUGGGGUGAGGAGUUUUUAAGAAUUUUUAAAUCUGAUUAAAACAGAGAUAAACUUUUGCUAAAGAGCUUUUUUCUCGUUUUAUCCUACCAGCUGACCGACGCAGUGGAAAAUAUCGCCCGUGUUAUGCACUGUGCCGCUCGCACUCACCUUGACAUGUCGGAGAAGACGAUACACAGGCUGAUGAUGGAGCUGUUGAAACGUGUGAACUCGCUAAUCAAAGAGUUGUCCAAAUCAGUGAGUAAAACCGCCAAAGAUAAGUGUGUUUAACCUUUAACUUCCAAUGAUGUGUUUCAGAGUUUUUAUUUUCUCUCUUUUGUUCCGUUUAUGUCACACGAUACACCCCAGCUGCUGUUAGCUGAUACUCCUGUGAACUUAAAGCUAAAACUUGAGAAAAAAGACUAACUGUGGUAAACCUGAUUCAAACUGGGAGGGAGCCGGGGAGUUUCUGGAGGAGGAACUGUGAUUUCACUCGAUAACCUGCCAAUCAUAGUUUUAAAACAUCAGUUAGGGUAUCUGGAGUCUGUCCGCUCGUUCAUGUAAAAAAAUAAAAUCGAAUCCGUCUUUCUCACUCUGUCCUCCUCUAGAACUUUCAUCACUUGGCAAAAGAUUUCCACGAGAUCUUCCGUCAGCCCGACCCUCCGGCUCUGGCCCAGGAGCACCUGGAGGACCCCAAGUUCAUCAAGCUGUGGUUUCAGCUCAAACUGAGGCCCCUCCUCCCUGAUGUACCCACAGGCCUCCUGUCCUGCCUGAGCACCAGAAACUUCUCCUGCCCAGCUUUCCAAACCAUGUGAGAGAGGGCGCAGAUUUGAGGAGGUGGGAUCGUUUUCUACAAUCUUUUUUUAACGUGAAUCUCUUUUUUUUUUUAAGCGUGGCAGCGCUCAGCGACGACAUGAGUUUCAUGCACGCUGACCCGAUGUACAGCCGUAACAUCCAUGAGCACUUCAUCUUUCCUUUUCUGCUGCAUCAGACCACCACAGGUAAGAGAGGUGGAAUCAAUCCAAAACAAGGGAGAACGUUUUUAGAUUUCAUAAACAUUUUAUGGUUUGUAUUUAACGUUUUUAUUCAUAAAUGCCAGCUAAACAUUCAGUCAAAUUAAAGGGUUAAUACGUGAACUUCAUUUGACAAACAUACUCUACAUUUCUGCUGCAGACCCUCAGUGCGUCGCCUCAGCCAAUAACAGCGCAGAAUGGCUGGAUGAAAACUUUGGAGACUUUUCACAGUUUGCUUCUGUCAAAGAUUUCUACGACCUCAACCCGAACUUCUUUGGGGUGAGUUUGAAAACCGGACAGGUGACUCACCUGAACCUUUAACGUCAUCUUUUUAUGGAUUUCUCCUGUUUCUUUUUUUCUCCGUUCAGCUGGAGGUCCUUGACGACUUGACCCCCAGGCAGAUCGCGGAGAUGCUGCUCCUGCCUCUUCGUACUCCGCCUGAGAAAGACGUCGUCAUCGACGAGGUGUUUCACUCUCUGUUGGAGUCACCUGAGGAGUUCCCUGAAGUCUUGUACCACCUGGUGGAGCUUGCCAAAGAGGUAGCAGCUUGGUGCAGAUGAGAUGAACGCUUAAGUAAAACUAUGGAUGUUUGAUUUCUAAAUUUGUGACUCCUCAGGUUGAGGUGCCCUGCAGAGUCUACGGACAGAUGUGAGUACCUUCAGAUUUUUGUCGUGUUGGUUAAAAUGUUCCAGCCAAACUUUAUUUUUCAUUUAUUGAACUUUUUCACAUCAUUGUAUGUAUCAAAACAGAACUUUACGCUGUGAUGUAUUUGGUUUUUCUUUCUUAUCGGUUUUUUUAAAUAAGUAAAUUGACUAGUUUGUGGUAAAUUUCAUGAAAAAUUUCACCCUGUAGAUUUUUAUUUGUCGUUUUACUCUUUUAUUUUGACUCUACUGUCGUUUUGAAAAGUUUUAGACAGCCCUCUUUGAAUGAUGUGUCCUCAUUUGUCUGUCAGUUUUGAGAGGCUGUAUGACGCCGUUACGAUAGUGCCCCCGCAACUGGAACCUGUUACCUGGGCAACCAUUGAUGACCUGAUAGACAUCGCACCAAGAGGUCAGUCUCUCCUUCACUGCAGGAUGACUUUUUACUCAUACCUCCUGAUAACAGUUGAUUUCAUACUUUUGUGUUUCUCUUUUGAACAGAGUGUGUGCCCAAAAACAUCACGGUAAGAUCGAUCAACUCUGUAUCUCCAAAACUUGUUCAUCUUCAAUGUAAAACGUUAUUUUUGUGUAAUUUGAAAUGUGUUCAAUCUGCUCUUUACAGUGUCCAGUAACACACUUUGACGGUAAGAGCUGCACAUCAGUGUCCUGUUUUAUAACUUGUGUGACUGUCACAGAGUUUGUUUUUGAUUUCAGUGCUCUGUUGAACUUCUUCGCUGUAGUUACUUCUGUAAAUUGUAAUGCGAUUACUUAACCAGUUACUGCAUUUGAAAAGUAGCUUUACUACCUAAUACUUCACUUUCCCGUUUCUUGAUGUAGAGGUACACAGACAAAAAUCAUUGCUCAGUCAUCGUAGUCCGCAUCGUUUUGUCUAUUGUCUAUUGCCUGGACAUGGAGUGAAUUUCACAUGAAUAUUUUUGUCUUUUUGACUAAUUUAGCGAAAGUAAUGCGAGUAUCGCCACUUGCCGAAAGCCCUUGUGUCAUCUGCUGUCUCCAUUUCCGUCUCUCUUUCGCGUCAGCAGCUACAUCACUCAAAUCGAUCUCUCCAUAGGACUUUCAAAAGCCAUAUAUGAUUGCACGAUGCAUGUUGGGUUGGAAAGCGCCAUCUUCGCAGGCAACAUUUAACAGGGAGGCGGCGAGAUAGCGACACAGUGAGAAAAAAACACCCAAGAAAAAUAAAUUCUGCGAAAGAAAAACAACGGUCCAAACGCUCAAUAUCAAGAAAAAUAAAAAAAGAUAAAUUUGAUCCAAAUGAGGGCUAUUGUUUAGUAAAAGAAUUAAGUUUGUGAUUGUUUUGUGUGGUUAGUGCGUUACUGUACUUCAUUACCCCCUAAAAGUAAUAUAUGUUUACUGUAAUCUGUUACUUCUAGUGCGUUACCCCAACACUGAUUAUAACCACAUAUGUGAAACAUUUUCAAUACUCAGUUAAGAAGUGUUUAUUAAUGCUCAAGUGUCUCAUUUAGGUAAAUAAGUCCAGUUAUCAGCUUUGCGAUCCUUUAACUCCCUUUGUGACGAUGAUCUGUUUCUGCUGUUUGACAGAUGCUCGUCUCUGCAGAGGAUUUAACAGGUAACUCCUCAGUCAGAAACGUCAUGGAGCUUUUGUUGAUCAGCUGAUUGUUCAAAGUUUCCUGAUCCUGUCUUUAUCUGGAUCGUGUCCUUCUCACUCUCUGUCUUUUUAAUCUCGUAUCUACAGCUCCAAUCCCCGUCCUCACUUCAGCUCAGCAAUGGGGGUGUCCUGCAGUCUGCCUUUGGAGACUUAUGCGUGCGCAAAGGUGACUAAAAUCAGAUUGGACAUUGAAGGACUCAUCUCCAACUCACUGGAUCACGAUAUGACUGUGUUUCCUCCUCUGUGCAGCUGGAUAACUUCACCGCCCAUCAGCUGGUGUCUCUCCUGAAGUGUGAUUUGCCCGGAAACAGCAGCCACUCUAAAAUGCUGUGGAAGAUGGUGCUGACUAAAGUCUCCCACGUCCUGGACCCAGCUCUGGACAUACUAGCCGGCGCGAACAUGGUCAGUACCCCUACACAUCUUUGACUUCUUCUCAGUGAGUAAAUCGAAUUAAAGAGGAACGCGGCUUCAUGUCUAAAGCGAUGAGUUAACCUCUCGACAGACCGUGGUCAUCCCAGCAGCCAGAGAGGUUUUGGAUGUGAUCGGAGAGAUCCGAGUGUCUCUGCUGACGGAUGAGGAGCUGAUGAACAGCAGCAUCAUCAUGAGGUGGUUCUCAGUCCGUCUGAGCGCCUUCCUGCCGUUUGCCUCGCCGAGGUUUUUGGACUGUUUGACCCAGAGGAACUUCAGCUGCCAUACUUACCAGCUAAUGUAAGAGACUGUUUGACUUUAAACCUCUACAGUUUUAACUCUACUUUGCCUCCAAAGAGAUUAAAAACGAUGAGUUGAACUCUUCCUUUAUUUUCAGACUGCAGGGAUUCAUCCAGCGCUUUGAUAACAUGACUGUAAAUCAACAGCACGUGGUCGUAAAAGAGUUCAUCCUCCCGUAUCUGCGGCAGUCAGGUACUCGCUGCACAAUCUGAAAGGUGUUUGUGAUCUCAAACCUGGUCCAGUAUUUACAGGUGUCUCAUUAUCCCCCUUGUAUCUUGUUCAGGUCUCAGCUGUGUGCUCAUCUCGAACAACAGCGCAGAGUGGCUGAUGAGGAAUCUGGGUCCGUUUUCUGCGCUUCUGACCGUCGGUGACUUUGUUCUCUUCAACCCAACCUUCAUACCUGUAAGAUUUUUGUACUAUCAACAUUUUUUUUUUCAUUAUCACAGACCGGUUGUUCAGAAGCUUUAGUCUGGAUUAUAAUCUAGAUUUGGGAAUUUUUUUUUUUUUCCUCACUAGUAAUCCGUCUUACUUUUGUUUUGGUUUUUGAAUCAUUUUUGUCCAGAUAUACACUAAAUAAUGCCUUGCUAGGACUCUACUGCACUUUUUGACCACAGGGGGCGCCAAAAUCCACACAAACUUAGAUUUUUUUUAUAGUUACAAACUCUUAUUGGUCUGUGUUUCUGAAUGAUGAUUUUUAACAGCACAAUCUGAGGGUUUUACCAAGAUUAGAUCACCUUUUUUUUUUUCUUCUGGACCUACCUGUUUAGCUCCGACCUGAGGAAGUAACUUUCGUUCUCUCUUCUCUUUUUUCAGCUCGAUGUCCUUCAACUCUUGACUCCAGGGCAGAGAGCAGAGUUGCUUGUGUCGACUUUUGCCAAUCUACCCGAUCAAGAAGAAGUCAUAAAUCGGCUUUUUGAUCACGCUGAAACUUCCGACCCCGAGGACGUCAAAGAGUUCCUGAUGCACCUCGUUUUCUUCCUCCAAGUGGUAGACACAGACGUCUUUCUGUUUAGAAAUGAAUUUUUCUUCGAUGUAUGAGGUUGUGGAGCGGUCUAAACAUCCUAAACACUGCUUUAAAAGACCGCUGGUUUGAAUUAUGCCCACAAUCCUUUGCUGCAUGGCCCCCCACACUUUUUUCUUUUUGUUUGUUUGUUUUUCAAAAAUCAGUCACGAGUUGUAAAAAAAAUCCUCUUUGUUUGUUUUCAUUACAGGGAGAUCUGUCCUGUCCCUCAUACAGAACACUGUGAGUUCAUGAGUUCACUGUCGGUGUGUCUGUCAGAUUUAAAAUAACCAAACUAUGAACCAGAAUUGAAACUCUAAACCGUGAUGUUACUGUUGCUCUUAAAGGUUCACCAGACUGGACCUGGCUCAGGGUACAGCUCCUCCUGAUGUAGCAGCGACUAUCACCUACACCAAAGUGGCCUUAUCCAAGCACAUACCUCGGGGUAAGAAACACACUUUAUGAAAAAUUGAUAAAUAAACUUUUGUCAAGCUUUUUACUUUCUUAAACCGUGAAAAAAAGUAAAUUAAUUUAUGAUGCCUCUCUUUGUUUCUGUGUUGGCCUUAGACCGUAAAUAUUGUGCAUAUUCAGCAGUAUUCAGUGACGAUCAUACAGAUAGAUUCAUUCGUAUGUUUAUAUAUUUAUACGACAGCACAGCUAUGUUUCUACGGUACGCACAAGGGACAAACUAGAGUGGGUUAGGGUUAGAAAUCUGCUGAAACAUGUGGGAGAAAAGUGAAUGUUGUGGGUGCAGGAUUCGUAUAGACGUUUAUAAAGGGUCAGACUAGUCAGGAAUUACAGGGUUCUGGUCCUCAAAGUCACUUUACUGCUGAGAGAGGGAGGAGCAAGGGGGCGUCUCAGUCUACAGUGUAGACGUUGAUUUAUUUUUUUCUGUCAACACGACACGAACUAUUUUGAAUUUUCCUUCAGGUAUCAAAAAAGUUCUUGUUGUUGUUGUUGUUGUUCUUCUUCUUCUUCUUCUUUUUGUCGUCUUCUUCUUCUCCUACUUUUUUGUCUUCUUUGUCUCUUUUUUCUUCUACUUUUCUUCUUCUUUGUCUUCUUCCGCUCCUCCUCCUUCUUCUUCAUCAUCAUCUUCUUCUCCUUCUUCUUAAUUUUCGUCUUUGUCUUCUUCUUUAACUUUGUCUUCUUCUUCUUUGUCGUCUUUUUCUUUUUCUUCUUCUUCUCCUACUUCUUCGUCUUCUUUGUCUCCUUUUUCUUCCACGUACAUCUUUGUUUUCUUCUUUGUCUUCCGCUGCUCCUCCUCCCUCCUUCUUCUUCCUCUUCAUACUCUUCGUCUUCUUCUUUUGCUCAAAUAAGUUAUGACGUUCAUUUCUAAUCACUUUGCGUUUUUGUUUUUCAGGUUGUAUCAUAUACAGUGGACAGGUAACUCCCUGUGAUUGUCCUUUUUUCAGUAUUUCUCAGUCUCAGUUUGAUAAAAGUCUCCUAACCAUGUUUCUCUUUCUCCUUCUCUAAGUGCAACGUCACCGUAACAAACGGUAAGAUUUCUUUUUAAAUGAGAAAAACUGAGAAAUAAAAUAAUUUGACAAUUAAAGUUUUAAUCUUCCAUGUUACGUCUUCAUUCACAGAAACAGACAUCUGUUCUGGAGUGAACAGGUAUGUUUUUUUUCUAAAUCACUCUCAGACUCCUUUAAUAAAUUUAUGUUUCAUGACUAGAAAUGACCGCUUCUUCUUCUUCUUCUUCUUCUUCUUCUUUUUAUUUGAACGUUUCAGCACGAUGCUGCAGAGUCACCUCCAGAGCGGACAGAUGAGCGGACGUGUCUGUGACUUUUCUCUGGAGGAGUAUGCGUGCACCUCGGUAACAGCAGCCGCCGUUUGGAAGCUGUCUCAUGAAACAGCAUCAGUCAGAAGUAUUUCCUGACCUCCUUUUUGUCAUCCGUCUGUUUUCUCCCACAGCUGUCGGCUCUAAAAGCAGAGGAUCUGCAAAUGCUGCUGAUGUGUGAUCACUCUAACAACAGCGGCUCCAGACCCGUCUGGAAGCUUCUCCUCUCCAGAGCCUCACAUGUUCUGGAUCAGGCUCUGGACCAGCUGAGCAACAAGGUACGAUUCAGCUUCACUCCUCGUUCCACCUUCUCCCGAUCAGAAUAAGACGCUUGACUCUUUUUUCUUUUUUUCCGCACAGACUCUGGACCCCACAGAUCCUGCACUGCCACUGAUACUAGACUCCAUACGAGAAAUCCGAUUGGAUACCCUCGGUACAAUCAGCAUCAACAACCCCUCGGUCAUUCGGAGGUGGUUACACCGGCUCCGCCCAUUCCUGCCUUUUGUUACCCCUGACUUCCUGUCAUGUCUGAUCACGAGGGGUUUGAACUGCAACACCUUCCAGUCUCUGUAAGCAUCAACAUGAACAAGAAACCUUUUUUAAAACUUCUUGAUUUCAGAGUGUGUUCAGCGUAUCAUGUCGGGUUUCGUUUCUGACCUCAGGGUGCGGUUCUUGAGCGGUCUCCUGCCCCGCAUGUCACCGUCCACGCAGAUGUUUGUUUACAGGCACUUCAUUCGGGGAUACCUGAGCUUGAAUGACACAGCAGGUAGGUCCUCACAUCUUCUCUCUAGAAACAGAAAGUGUAAACCAGCAGAGAAGCUCAUGAUGUUGCAUGCCAGAGUUGGUUUUCUGUGCGUCUAUGCCUCCUGCAGCACAGAUGAGGUUGUUUGUUUGUGUCGUUCAGACCCAGGCUGCAGAUCCCAGAUCAACACCAGUGUCGAAUGGCUGGAGAGGAACUUAGGAGGCUUUGCCUUCCUUGCACCUUUGGGAGAAAUUGAGAUGCUCUAUCCGGGCUUCAGACCUGUACGUCAUAUUCCACUUUUCCAGCCGUUGAUGCUCCGGUUCAUUCUCUUGUUUUUGUAUUUCCAGUUUUCUUGAUUAUGAAUGUUUUUUUCUUACAUGCAGACGGAGGCUCUCUCCGCGCUGUCAGUCGAACAGCUGGCCACAGUGGCAGCCACUCCUGGAGUGCUCAACACUGCAGAGGACGUUGAGAUGGUGAUGCGUCACGUCCCAGACAGAUCCUUGGCCGCCUUUUUUGACGACUUCUCACCUGCUUUAACGGUGAGUGCUCGGAUCAGUUUCCCUUUAAGUUGGAUUUCCUUAAAAGGUGCCAGAAAAUCAAACAACGUUUGUGCCAGAGAUGGGUGACAAUAAACCUUUAAGAAAUUCUGAAAUUGAUACCACUAAACUUAUCCAUCUAUCCAUCUUCUAGAGGGGCAGCAGCCUAAACAGAGAAGCUUAGACUUUCCUCUCCCCAUCCACUUUUCCCAGCUCUUCUUUAGCCAAAACAUACAGGAUCAGCGUAUUUGGAGCGUGACAGCAGCGUAGUGCAGCGCUGGUCAGCUGGGCUCAGAAUAGAGAAAACAACACACUCACAACAGGUUGUUUUUCUGUGGUCUAUUUCCUGCGAAUUUGGAUAUAAUUCAGUGACUGUUGAGCCUCUACUGUAUGUGAAAAAGCUUUAAGUGAUUUUACAGUUUCGGUUUUUGCAGGUUUACUCGUGUUAAAUAAAGUAAAUUAUGUUUAUGUUUCACAUGGAUCAGGGAUUGACCAUCGCAUUGUUCUGUGUUACUGAUAAAUCAGGAAGUAUUUCUCACCUACACGAACUGCUACACAGUCGGGAGUUUGCAUAUGGUAUUUUAUUGUGAAAUUUACCGGAUGACAUGCACGGUUUUUGUGCUUGACAUCCUGUCUAGAACGAUCUUCUCUGUGUAGAUUGACACGAGUUGGAAGCGUAGAGCAACAAAAAUAGACUUUUGCGUAACUUUAGCAGAGCUGCGCUCGAUACGCUUCUGACACGGAGCUGAUCCGCGUCCUGUAUGCGAUGCUGCGUUAAUUAGAAUGAAAACCCAUGCUGACGUUACACGCUCAAUACAGACCCUGUAUGUUUCAGUCUUUAGGGGACCCUGAGGCGUCCCCAGGCCAGCCGAAGGACAUAGUCUCUCCGAUAGACCCCCAUUACUUUGUCUUGUUUUUAUGUGUAAGAAUAAAAUCAUAAUUUUUACUUCCCUGAAAAAUGUCCUGACAAAAGUUGAAACUGUAGAAACUUCAAAGACAAAUUAAGUCUGUCUCUCUCUCUCCGAUCAUUUCUCCUCUCUCCGCAGGAUCACGGCGAAUCUUUCCCCUUUACGGCGAGGUCAGCCAUGUUGCAAGUCGUGUUUGACCGUGCCAACCUCUCAGAGCCCUCAGUCAGCGAUAGAGCAGCAGGGGUUUGGCUCCACAACCGAAUGCGCCCCCUGGUGGUCAACAUGUCACACGACCACGUCCCACUGUUCUUCAGAAUACUGGUUGGGAGGAACUGCAGCAUUCAACACCUGGGGUCAGUUUGGAGAGAGACACAGGACUGACAGAGACUGAUCUCAUGUCUUCAGCUGCUUCUGAAUAUAAAUGUCAAGUAUCUUUACAUGUUUUUUUUUUUUCUUCAGAGUGGAGAUUCUGGACGCUGUCGUACCAACGCUGGGUGGCAUUACACGAGGAGAAAUCCACAACCACAUCGUUCAGUCUCUCAGAGGUAAAAACAAAGAGAUGUGGACGAUCAGAGUCCAAGCAUGACUACAACCGCCGCCCCUUUUUCUCAAGAGUCAGACAUGUUUCUGUGGGACCUAAGGUGGCUUCUAUCACAGGCCCAAAACAGCUGAUCCAAGAUGACUAUUCUGAGAUCUGAUAGGAUCCUGGAAGUCAUGGAAAAACCUGUUUUUUUUUUUACAGCAAUAGUAGAAAUAGAAAUGCUGCUGUAGAAAUUAAAGAUGGUGAAAUGAACAUAAACUGGAGUACUGGAUGCAUCACAAAGCUCGUCAGACACACACAGAGUUAAUGAGCGCCUGACGGUGGAAAAACACUAACAUUGGACAUCACCUUUCACACUGAUGCGAGUUGGGAUUAUCUAUAACUUGCUACCAGUUUUGUGGACAAAUCAGACUCCUGAAGCAUUAGACACUGAAGAUUGGAGAAAGAAAUCCAAUACAAUCCACUUUAUUGAUAUAUUACAUUUAGAUCAAACACCAUCGAUGUAAAAAAAAUCAAGAGGAAACAAAUGAAAGCAGGUUAAAAAACAUUUGAAAUGAAAUAAAAUGAAUGAAAUAAAAAACACAAAAAAAAAUAGAAGUGAUAAAAGGACAGAGAUCGCACAACUCUGACGCUGAACUAAAAGCCAAGGAAUAAAAAUGAGUUUCAAGACGUGAUUUAAAAGUAGAAAGAGUGGGGGCGUUUUAAUCUCGAGUGGCAAAUCUUCCACAAUUAGAGAGCUACAGGCGAGAAACCUCGAUCGCCACGGUGUUUUAAACGAGUUUCAAGGAUGAGUUGGAGCUGAUCAGCAGACCUCAAGGAACAUGGGGGGUAAUAAACCUUUAAGAGGUCAGAGAUGUGUAAACAAUAAAAGUUUAAAAUGAAGUCUAAAAUGAACGGGAAGCCAAUGGAGGGACGCCAGAAUUGGAGUGAUGGGAUCAUGUUUUCGUUUACCUGUUAAAAGACGAGCAGCAGCAUUUUGAACGAAAACACAAACACUAACUUAAGAGUCACUGAGCUUUAAAACUAACACCAGAACCUGUCCUGCCGUGGACUGUGGUGAUUGAGAAAGUCCUCGAUGUGUUCUUGGUACGUUGAAUAAGAGAUUCAAAGCAAAGGAUAAUCCAUGAGAUUAAUCCCACAGUUUCACCAACUGACUCUGAGUCCAAAAUCUCAUCACAAGUAUGAGAUUUCAGCGCCGGAUUCCUGACUCUUUUGGUGUUUGUUUAUGACAGGAGUAAAUUCACAACCUUAAGAUGCACAUCAGCUCUGAGGAAUCACCUUUAAAACCACAUCUAUGAGUUCAAAAGUUUGUUUCUAUUCUCCACAUCUCUCCAGGACCCGUACCUCUCGAGUGCUAUGGUGUCAACCUCAAUCGCAGCUUCUACAGUUUCCUUCAGUUCUCCUUCUUGAGAUUCCAGUUCCCCAAUGUGACCACCUUCCUGUCCCUCAUCCCUCCGGGCAGGACUAACCAGGUGUGCAUUCGGUUAUGACGGUUUUAGUUUUAUUGCUUAUUGGGUUUUGUAAGACUGGGAUUCACAGGAUUUUCUUCCUCUAGCUGGUGAACUCCAUUCCUCCAGCACAUCUUGGGGAGUAUCUCCGCCACACUGAUAUCGUAGACGACGAUGAAAUGCUCUGUAAGCUCUACAGCGAGUAUGCACGGAUACAGGACUUCCUGGAGACGGUACGUACCGUACCCAAAAACACAAACACGUGAAUGUGCGAACAUUUGUGAUCAUCAGGCAUCUUGAUCUUCCUCUCUACAUUCCCUGCAGGAGUUUCUGUCACUGUCGGUGCGAGAGCAAACACUGCCUUGCGUCUGGCCCACGGCGCUCAUGAGCACCAACAGAGAAGACGUGGAGCGCUGGUUCGAAAGAAGCCUCCACAAUUACACAACCUUACUCACAAGGAAUCUGGUCAGCCCGGCUUUCGUGCAUAACGCCUCCUGCCUCUCCUUCCAGAAAUUGUACGUAGAGAUGCCACAACAUUUCAACAUCACUUUUAUCCAGAUGUUUCGCCUUCGAAGGCGUGAUUUUGUUUUCCUUUUGUCCUUCAGCAUCGUGACUCUCGGAAGAUUCAACUACGCUGCUGCAGACUUUAAUGAGUCAGAUGUGUUUGCCACCAUUGGAGAUUACCUCGCCACAGGUGAAUCUUUAGAAUGACACCAACUUUAUCUUUACAUAUUUAUGGUGCAUUCUUGUUGGACUCAGAAGUCGGGAUUUCCGAGCUCUGAUUUGGAACUUUCAACUGAAACGACCCCUGAGGUCGGAUUUCCCACUCGGAAAGUCAGACAAUCAAAACAACCCCCAAGUUGACAUUUGAAGAUGGCGGCGCCGGUUGUAAACAAUUAGUAGAAGCUCCUUUUCAGACAACAGCUGAUGUUAUUGAUUUAAAUCAACAUAUAACUGACAAAACACAUGUAUGCAGUUGUUAAGAGCAAUCGCCCGUUAUUAACUGAUGACCGAUCAAACAGCGAUCAAUACUUUUUUUAAACAAUAAGGGCUACCUUCUGCACCUUUGUGUUUCCUCUUCAUCCACCGUGUUUGCAGGUUGCAGAAGGACGGCAUAUUUGGCCAGAAGUAGUUUGUAUUUGAGAAUAAUUUUCGUAGAUGUAGCCAUCUUGUUUCCGCUUCCGUUUUUGGCUGCUGGCUACUUUUUGUCCGACUUUGUAACUGAAACGCUGACAACGCAGGUGUGACAUCAUUCCCAGCUCCGACUUCCGAGGAAAAAUGGAACGCACUAUUACUUCUUUACCACUGAUUUUUCAUUGAGUUUUACCGAGAGAUGUAAGUGUUCAGUCUGCCAAAGGAUUAUGCAACCCGCAUAAAUAAAUCACUUGGGAGGACCCCUGGUUGAAACAAUACUAACAUAAUCGAUUCGGCGCCAGUGUCCAGUUGUUUCAGUUUGUCUGGAUUGUAGCAGUUCCCCAUGGAGUAUCCUUUUAAUUAGUUUCUCUUAUAUUCAUAUUUGUCAUUGUCCUCAGAUUCAUCUCCGAGGUGCUACGAGCCCAACAACCCAGACCUGAACUCCACCGCCUGGUUUGUGCAGUACAUCGGCCCUUUCAUGCCCCACCUGUCUGUGGAGACUCUGCAGACGUUUGGAUCUGAACAGGUACUGAGGGAGUCUAGACGAGAAGAGAUGGAGCUAAAAUCACAGACGGAUGGAUCUAAACUUUAAGACCACCUCCUCGUCCUCCUCUCUCCUGUCUGUAGGUUAUCCAGUCAUUCACAGUGAACCGUGAGAACAUCGCUCUCCUCCACCAGUACGACCUACCGCUCAGCUUCACCAACUACUACAUCGAGCUUCUUUAUUCGCAGGACGGCAACUUCAACCCUCUACUGUGAGUCUAUAAUGCCUGUUAUCGUUUUGUUUGAUAAAACAAUCUGUCCGUAUAUUUGGUGAUUUUGAAUUUCCCUGGUAAAAAGAAUAACUAACAGUUGUAUACUGACUCUUUGUCUCUCUGCAGGCUUCCUCCAAUGGGCUGGUGUGAAAUUCCUGGUCCAGCAUUCAGCCAACUGAACGAAGCAGAGAGUAAAACAGUCCUGGCCAACGUGACAGAUAUCUGCACAGAUCUAGACUCACAGGUAAGAAACUGUAAACAACAGAGUUAACCAUCGAGGUAUGACGUCGUUCCUUAUCAAAGAGGAUUGUUUUCCCUCAUCAGGAGGCGGACAGUGUCCACAGAAACCUGUCCGAUCAGAAAAAAUAUAUGCAUAACAUAUGCACUACAUCAUUUUCAGUGGUUUAGUUUUGAGAGAUGAUAGAAAAACAUUUUAUUUUCAAAGUGAAGUUUGGUGAAGUUGUUACUGGAUAAAAAAAUCGAAAAUCAAGUUUUCUGAAAAAAAAAUUAGGAUUUUAUUUUUGGCCAAAAUCGUGCAGCCCUACUCUGAGUGUUGACUUCUGAGAGCUGGUAUCUUAAGUAUAUAAAUAUAAUUAAUCUUAUUAACCCUUAACCAGUUUAUAUCUCAUAAAUAUUACAGAAAAAAAGAUGAAUUUUUCAGGGCGUAUCAUCAUCACCAAACAAGACAGCACAGGAGGGCAGCAGAGCGCUGUCAUGUGACUCCUUGUACUUGAUGAAAACAGUUUAAAGCAUAGAUUGGGAUUAAUCUACCUUUGUGAAAUUACACAAACCUGACUCCUUGAUAAGUUUAAUUUUAAGUAAGAUUUAUUUUCAUUUUUCUUCACGUUGUCUUAAAAAUACAGAGUUUAUAGAUUUCUGUGUCUCCUCUAGAUUUCUGCAGCUUUGGCGGAUAACUUUGGUGAUGACAUUGAUGCUUCCAUCAUCGAAGUCCUCGGCAACGAAAGCGCCAGCCUGUCAACGGCGCAGCUCCUGAAUAUAAAUCCCCAAGAAAUUGUGGACUCUCUCGGCACUCUGGCCUCAGUGAUGGACUGGAACGUAGGGCAGGCCCAGGCCAUUAUCUCCACUCUGAUGUCUUCACAGAUGAUGACGGUAGUUGUUCAGUCAGAGUAUGAUCAAUUUGUCCUCGAUUUUGUUUGUGUUUUCAGACUCAUUCAUGUCGUUUUCCCCUUUUUCACAUCCCGACAGAUCAACAGCUCCUCAUCCUUGCUUAUGCUGGGCUCUCUUGUCAUUGGGAUCUCCUCGACAACUCUGAGAGGCAUCAGCGGCCCUCAGCUCAUAGCUGCCGGUCAAAGUGCUUCAUUUCGGAGGAACUUUAUCACCGCCCCAAUAAUCACCCGGCGGACCUUUGUUACUCAGGUACGACAACUUGACUUCUUGAUCUGCAGUUUUCAUGUAAGAUGUUACUAAAACUCACAUUUCCCUGCCUACGUCUCCUCUCAGAUCAUUUCUGUAAAUGGCAACAACGAGGCGAUCAUCGAAAAUGUUGCAGAUGAACUGGCCACAGAAAUCCCCCGUAUACAUAUGAGAGGCUUCACCAGCAGCUCCAGCGUCCUCACAACGCUUAACAGGAAGUCAUGGAAAAAGCAGCAGGUAGGGGAGGGUAUGACGCUGAAAUACUUCUGCGCUGACACGUGUAUGAUAUCUCAAUAUUUACCUUUUUCUCCCAGUGCGAGUUGUUCUUCAACACGAUAGCUUCUGAAACAUCAACUGCAGAGUUUGGAGGUCCAAGCGGGUGAGUUUUAUAACGCUUAAGUCAAGAGAAAGUAGCCAAUCAGGAAAUACCCUGCAUGUGAGUUUCAACGCAUGGUGUUUCUCUGUGUGUGUGUUUGUGUAGUUUGUCGUCUUCAGUGCUCCAAGGCUUCACAUGUACAUCAGUAGCUGGCUUGAAAAAGUCGCAGAUUAGAAAGCUGAUCAAAGCCAGCCGCAGACGGGGGGCCAGGAGGGUCCGGCUGACAGAGACUCAGGUGAGUGUUUGUGUUUGAGCUCUUACAGUGAAGUUAGAUAAAGAUGUUCAGAUGUCGCUCACUUUGGAUUGAGCUGAGAAAAAACGGUGCCGGCAUAUGUACUUUUGGGGAUUUGGUCGUGUUGUUUUGUAAGAUAAGAUAUAAAUUUAAAAAAACCUACAGGGUCGAUCAAGUUUUGAGAGAGUGGGGAAUGACAUGCAGGUUAGAGGCCAAAGGGGGGGAAUUGAACUUAAACACGUGGAAGAACAAAUCACACAUGGAGAAAUUUCGAAGUGCUUCAUCAGGGUAUGAGGGCCAGGAUAUAGUCACAGUAAAGUCAUGAUAUUAUGAGAAUAUGAUUGUAAUAAAGUCUCAGUAUGGUCAUGAUAUCGUUACAAUACAGUCAUGAUAAAGUCUCAAUAAAGUCAUAAUUUUAUGAGAAUAUGAUUGUAGUAAAGUCACGAUAAAAUCUUGAUAACAUAAGAAUACAAUCAUGAUGAAGUCACAGUUAAGUUUUGCGCUCUUAUCUUAAUUUAUUGGUGGAUAGAUGACGUUGCAUCAUAACAGCAAACAAUGCAAAGGUUGAUCAACAGAAAAAAAAAAAGAUCAAAAAUGUCAGAUUUUGAACUCACCGUCUUUUCAGCAGCAAACCAACAGAAACCAGUUGUAGUCGUGUAACCAAGGACGUUUACAUCUUUUCUCACCAACAGCUAACCUGCAUGUACCGCCUUAUUGAACAAGAAGCAGAUGCCAGCGAUUUCAGCCUGUAUCCUCAUGAUAUGCUGCUGUACUAUGAGUGAGUUUUACUCAUGUCUAAACGAGGUUUAAAAGCCUUAAAUAAAAUCCACCUCUAAGCGGUGUGUUUUGACUUCUUCCUCUUUUUUCUCCACAGUUACUCUCUGGUGCCGACAAACAGCUGCAGGUCUUAUUUCCAGGAGCUGGCUGAGGCGAACUUCUACGUCUUCUCCUCUGCCCUCAGUUACCUACGGCCCCAGCUGUUUGAUAACUCGAGAAGCUGCCUUGUGAGUCCCCCAACAGCAGAUCUUUCUUUUCCUAAUCGAGACUGUAGACUCAAGAACCAGAUUCAUUGAGGUCCAGCUUUGGUGCUUUUCAAGCAAGUAAGGUGCUGACAUUGAAGCCAGAGACUGAUCAGUUCUUGGAGCAGACAUAUUGACACCCCAGUCCUGUCCCUUACCAAAGCAAAUAUUUACCAAUAGAUUCGGACCGGAGUCCCUGGACUCAGUGCAGGCUACAGUCUGUUUAUGUUGGUCACCUUUUGUCCUGUCGUUUCCCUGACUUAGCCCUAACCACUCAGGCUUCAUACCUAACCCUGACCCCCCGUUCAGGUCAGCUGACAUCUUUCUAGCCUGCAGUCCUGCCCUGAUCCUAACCAUCGGGGAUUCCCACCUAACCCCUAACCUAUGACUGAGGUCAGAAUAUGAUACAGAACCAGGGGAUUCUGCUAGCGACAGAGAGCUUACCGCAGCAGAACUUUUUUGAUGAAGGAAGAAUACAUGGAUAUGAAACAGGGCAAACUAACUAUAAUGAUCAUGUUUUAAUAAGAUUUAGUUCAUCUUUUUGGUGUUAAAUGUCCCAUCUGUUAACAUGGAGGAGCAGAACUUCCUCACCUGUACCGCAACCAGCUAGUCAGGGAGGCUUUAUAUUUUAUACUUUAACAUCUUUGAAAUCACUUCUUAAAACUCACUUUUUAGACUUGCUUUUACUUGAUGUAUGAUUUAUUUACGUAUUUAAUUUGUUGCCUGCUACCUCUUGUUUAACCUUGUUGUUAUUAUUUUAUAGUCCUGUUUUGAACAUUUUACCUUAUCUUAUUAAAUUAUCUAUGUUUUUAUCUAUCUUCCUCUUCUAUAUGUCUUCUAUCCAUCUUUUUCCUUUUCACCAUCCUGAAGUGAUGCCAUCAACCAACUACCAAUCUCUACCUUUUUUAACUGUGCUUUUUUAACUGUCAAUCUUCCUUUGUCUGUUUUUGCAUUUGUUGGCUUCUUCUGUUAAAGCACUUUGUAAACAUCUGUUUUUAAAGGUGCUAUAAAGAAAAAUAGUUAUUAUUAAGUUAUUAUUAUUAUUAUUAUUAUUAUUAUUAUUGAUGUUGUUGUUGUUAUUAUUAUUGUUAUUGUUUUAUUUUAAAUUUUUUUAUUUUUUUAUUUUUUAUGUUUGACAACUGUAUAUAUAUAUAUAUAUAUAUAUAUAUAUAUAUAUAUAUAUAUAUAUAUAUAUAUAUAUAUAUUCAUUUAUUUAUUUUAUUUUUUUUAGUAAGUUUUUACUAAGUUGCUACAUCAGGGUUAUAUGCAACUCUUAAAUCUCACAGCUGACUACAGAAAUGUCCCAGAUGGAAGUUCUUGUUUCGUCACAUUUAGAUAUUCAAGUCCUGUGUGGCCUCUUGUUUUAAAUGCAUUUAUCUCUUCUCUAUCCAAGGGCAUCACAAACACAAGCCUCACAGAGGAUAACGUAAGAGUGUUGGGCAACAUGUGCUGCGUUCUCGACGGUUCCUACAUCGAGAACUCUGAUCCGGCCAUCUUGGAAAAACUGCAAUCCUGCCCAGACCUCACUACAAGUCAAGGAGCUGCCAUCGAAACCAAUCUACGGAGUGGACGAACACAGUUUGGGUAUGUCAACAACAUCUAUUUUUCUCUAUGAAAAAAAUAAAAUAAAAAAUAUGAGUGGUGAGAGGUUAAAAUAUUGUUUUUUUUCAUUGUUUUUGACAACCAGAGCUCCAGAAAGAUGGGAUUUACAGACUCUGAAGGGCCUUGGCUUGCUGAACUUGUAUCUGCCUUCAAGCUUCUUUGGGAACUUUGACAGGGUAGGAAUCAAAUAUUGAAGAGUGUAAUAAAUUUAUUUGUUAAAAUGCCUAGAUCGCAUAAAAAUUGAAAGUAUUUUAGCCCUCCAGAAGUGAAGCCAAAAUAUGUGGUGUGUCAAACAUUAUAACAAACACGACAAAGGCCGAAUAAGGAAGUUGAAAUACAAAUAUAUAUUUUCUUAGCCGUCAGUUAGUUCCUAUUAUGCUGUUUUAUGUUCAAGUGUUAACUUUGGUCUAAAGUUAAGUUUUAAUCAGUUACCUGAUCUGGAAAAAAGAAGGUAUGAGGUCAUGAUUGACAACUCUGGCGACGAAUAGGGCUCCUGGGGCCGAUAGCACCUACAGGAUGUAGCUUCAGUCGGUUGGAUCUCUUAGUUCAGACUCUUUAAACCCCAAUAUUUGGCAUCUUAUGGAUGUUUUGGUUUGCAGAAGACAUGUGACUUAAAUCCUGUCUCACUCGCACAAUAUAUCAGCGCCUACUGUAGUUGGUUAAGAUUCUCAACUCUCAACAAAACCAGCUGAGGUUGGAUUGUGUCUUUUGUUUUAAUAAUCUUUGUUCUUUUUUUUUUUGUUCCUAUGAGCAGAGGACCAAACGGCAGUUCCUGAGGUUCUUCAGGCGAGUACUUCGAGAAAACAGAGUGGGCAGACAGAAGAGGAGGAGGUUUAGGAGGGCGAUAAGGAAAUCCAUCAGAUCGAAGCGCUCACCAGGUGAGUCACCCAUAGUCAUCUACUCGUCUCCUUUUCCUCUUUUUAUCCCUUGCGUCCUCUGUAAACUUUCUCUGUUUGUGUCUCAGAAAGCCACUGCUCUGUUGGAAAUAUCACCCAAGUGACCAUCAGCGAUGGCGCGUUCCCCUUCGAUUACGAUGAAACACAGUUCAACCUUUGCCUAAGCCCCGCCACUGUCAGAGACAACUUGGUUGCAAUCAGCGAGCAAGUUGACGAAGAAGAAUACCUCAGGGUUGUUCUGAACAAGCUGAACGAGGUAAAGGAGGGGAGGGAUUCUGGCUAAUGGAGGGACGAGCAGAAGGGGGGAGAAAAGUCACUGUCUUAGCACCAUACCAGACUGUAUAUACUAUGGACAACUUGGUUCCGCCUUCCAGCAGUAUAUGGAUUUGGAGCCGAAAAGCUCUCGGUAAUUCAGCGUUUCCUCUCCACGUCCUGAAACCAAUAUUGUGCAGUAGCGUUGUAAGCAUUCGGCGGGAGAGUCACUGUGAUGACGCUCGACUCAAACAGCGUAUUCCCCCGGGUGAGCUACGCAAUCUUCAUACGCCCAAAGGCUGUAUCAAGUGUCAAUCAUAGAAACAAAAGUCUUACAAUAACUACAUGUCAACAUCACAAGCAGGGGGGGAAAAAAUUAUAUUCUGUGUAAUAAAUUUCUAAAGUUUGUCCACAACUCCAUAGGGAUUGCUGGAAGAGGCGGGAUUUAUGACCUAUACUGCAGCCUGUCACCAGAGGGCGCUGUUCUCGGGGUGGCUUCACCCAGCAAGGAGGCAGACGGCGUCCAUUCUAUAUACAGUCUAUGCUUAGCACUUAUUAGCUGUAAUGUAACCAAAGCCCAUUAGUUAUAAAAGAUUGACUCCUCUCAUGCAGAACACAGAGAUGAGGAUAAAAACUAAAAAUGUCAUAAAAAGAAUCGAAGAGUAGGCCCCGAGUGGACACUUGAGGAACUGCAGUUUUCUUUGUAUGUUAGCAUUUUCUUAAUUUUUCAAUACUGUAUGUUGGAGUUUAUGCUUAAGUAUGGUGGCUAGCAAGGGCCCUUUGUCAAUAGAUAAAUGCUGCAAAUAACACUUAACGUGCAACAAAUUUUAAAGAUAAGCCUGAUUCAAAACCAGAGAUAACAGAGGAGGCCAAUGUGGUGAUAGAUGUUUUCAUCAGAGCGUACAAACAGGACAACAAAAAAUCUUCAUCAGGUUACAUCUGAAUAGUAUAAUUAUAUGUUAUUCAUUUCUUAUGCCUCCUACAUUUUCAGGCCUACGCUAACAGCUCUACAAUCCCAGAGAAUCAGGUUCAGCUCUUAGGUCUGGUGUCCCGUUUGGCUACUGUUGCAGACAUCAACAUGUGGACUGUCACUGAGAUCGACACCCUCGCCUCUUUAAUGGACACGUCAAACGGGGAGUGGAACGCUGACCAGGUGAGCAAUUCAGUAAAAGUAUAAGGUGUGAUGUCCGCGCAUGAUUCUGUUCGUCCUCUUAACUGAGGUUUUCUUUUCCCGUACAUACAGGCCGAGGCGAUCAUCACCAAGUAUCUGAGUCAUGACGGAAACACGCUGGGCAGUGCUGAACUCAACUCCAUCGGGGGACUAAACCUGUGCACGCUGAAUGUUGAUGUGCUGACGAGCAUAACAGUUCAAGCCCUCGGGUAAGACUUUAGGGGCCAGUUCAUCUGGAGGAUUGUUACGUUAAUAUAAUAAUAUUUGAGUCCAGCAAAUUAGUUCUCUAUACACUUUAAAGGUGGGGUAGGCAGGAAUCUGUUGAAGACUCAUCUUUUUUGUGGUGUAUAUACAAAAAAGCAUUUAAUAUCAGUCAAUAGCUAUUAGUUACUGAUUUACCCCCUUUCUAAAUGUAAACAAAGCCGUUCUCCGCCUCCCCCAACCUGAUUGGUUGUUAGGCAGACGCUGCUCCCUCGUGUUGUUCAUGAGCCCAAACAAAGUUAGCGUGCUACAAUAUCAGACAGUAGAAACCAACCAGAAAGUUCGGAAAAUUGUCUGUAUCCUCCUUUGGCCACGACUGCCAACACAAGUAAGAAAAAGUAAAUACCGGAGACUCUGGCGGAAUAACGGGCGCUUAAAAUGGAGGUAGACUGAACAAGAGCUAAAAAGCCGGGUCAACAUAAAACAAUAAGGGAUGCUUGGGGAUCUUGGUGACCCUGUAACCUUUCUGCUGGACAGGUAAACCGCUUUAACAAAGUAAGACAAGUGUCUGUAACAGAAGUGUUUCUUGUCAAACGGACCUGCUGUAGCGUGUUGUAGCGCCAUCGCUAAACUGUUGACCUCGGGUCCUGGACUAUGUCACUUUAUCCUAGUUGUAGAAGUCCUGCAAACAUUGUGUUUGCUGGUAGUCUGUUGGCAUCUACAGUAGCACCCAUGCUUUUUACUUUCACCUUGACUGGGCCCCAUUUGUAAUGAUCUGAAGUAUUUACCUGUAUUAUACGUAAUUUAAUUGGAACGAUACGAGCGAGCAGGAGCGUCGCGGGGCUUGCUGGAGCAGAGAGGGAGGGGAGAGGAGGAGCUGAGGGGAAAACUGGUUGGGAGGGGGAGUGUUUACAUUCAAGAUUUCUCCUAAAAACUGACACUUCCUCAGAUCCUGCCUACUCCACCUUUAAAGGAAUCUCUUCAAUCUUGGACUACUAGUGGUAGUGGACUUGAUAGUAGUCCCACCUCUUUAGUACCCCAAGUGGAGCUAGUUCAGGCAUGCAGGUUAAGUUGCAACAUAUUAUUUAGGUGCUGCCUUGAAAAUAAAUGAUCACACUCAUUUCAUCCUCAUUUUUUUCAUGUCCCCUACAGAGACGCAGACGCCCUGGAUAUAUCCAAUUGUACCUUGGAUAAAAAACAAGCCCUAUUUACGAUCGCUGAAGCAGCAUUUGCCACCCAAACCCGAACAACAACUAUCUCUCCUUCUUCCUAUCAACUAACACAGCCAUACACAGGCAAGGAAACAUUCACACACAAUUAUACAGCUUGUGAAAGAACUUGAUUUGUAAUACCUAAUCUAUACUUUGGCCUGUAGGGGGUGCUGAUCUAAGAUAUGUCCAGAACUUGGCAGCCUCAGAUAUCAACAUGGACCUGGAUACCUUCACUGGUUUGGAUGAGAAUGUAAUACAGGUCAGUAAUGCGCACACCUGCAUGUUCUGCAGUCAAUCUCAAAAAAGAGUUCUGAAAGAUUAUUAUCUUUUGUGUCUACAAUCACUGGCUGUUGCUACAUUUAGUUAAUUUAGUGUAUUGAUUCAGGGACAGUAAAACACUUGAAUGUUAAAAUACAGCAACUUUCUGUCAACUUUUGUCACGUUAUAGAGUCAGGAUCAGCAAAGAGACAACAUUUAACGCUUUGUCCACUCCAAGUUCCAUAAUUGUCGAAAAAGUUCAUUUUUUAAACGGAUGUGUAAAUCAAUUUAGAUGUAUAUAUGUCUUCUCUGCUCUCUCCAGGCACUAGACGUCACUGAGGUUAAGGGUCUUCUUGGAGACAACCUGCCAAAUUUGAAGACCUAUGAAAAUGAAACCGUGGUACAGAACUGGGUCCGAAGCCAGCUUCAAGAGGAUCUUGACACACUUAACAUUGGGUUAACAGGAGGCAGGGCUGGCUCCAACAGCUCUCUUACUACCGCAGGAACCACUGCGGCAGUAGGAACCACUGCAGCUUCAGGAACUACUGCGGCAGGAGGAAGCACUGCAGCUUCAGGAACCACUGCAGCUUCAGGAACCACUGCGGCAGGAGGAAGCACUGCGGCAGGAGGAAGCACUGCAGCUUCAGGAACCACUGCAGCUUCAGGAAGCACUGCGGCAGGAGGAAGCACUGCAGCUUCAGGAACCACUGCAGCUUCAGGAACCACUGCGGCAGGAGGAAGCACUGCAGCUUCAGGAACCACUGCAGCUUCAGGAAGCACUGCGGCAGGAGGAAGCACUGCAGCUUCAGGAACCACUGCGGCAGGAGGAAGCACUGCAGCUUCAGGAACCACUGCGGCAGGAGGAAGCACUGCAGCUUCAGGAACCACUGCAGCUUCAGGAAGCACUGCGGCAGGAGGAAGCACUGCAGCUUCAGGAAGCACUGCGGCAGGAGGAAGCACUGCAGCUUCAGGAAGCACUGCAGCAGGAGGAAGCACUGCAGCUUCAGGAACCACUGCAGCUUCAGGAACCACCGCAGCUGGAGGUAGCACUGCAGCUGGAGGAAGCACUGCAGCUUCAGGAACCACUGCAGCUGGAGCCACUACUGCAGCUUCAGGAACCACUGCAGCUGGAGCCACUACUGCAGCUGGAGCAACUACUGCCUCAAAUAAUCCCACAACUCUUGCUCCUUCAGCAACCACCAACUCCACUUCAGGUGAGUUGUGACGAGUUGAAAGCAACAAAAACAAUCAAUUAACUCCUUUGGUCAUAGCCACUACAGACUACCUCUGGUGCCUCUGAAUGGUUUUCUAAAAUGAGUUUCUGCUUGUUUUCUGUUUUCAGGUGGCAGCGGCUUCCACGCACGAGCAGAUGCUGGCUUCUCCUUGUUUGUCCUCCUCACGCUCCUUUUCACGUCUCAGCUCAUUUUUGCUUGAAGAAACAUAGAUUGUGAUGAUCAAAAUGUGUCCACCAGCAGAGCGAGAAGUGUCAGAGAGAUAAUAGCAAUGUGGAUGAUACAGACGGAUAAGGUUACCUCGAACC